GUAAAAAACAUGGCGGUAGUCAGUGUGUCGUCAAGAACACUUUCGUGUUUAUAGCAGGAAGAUGUAGGCCAGGGAGGAAACUAGUCAGUGAAGAAUGGGAUCGCAAACAUUAGAAAUCUUGCGGCAGGGAGUUUGGGCGUCCUUGACCGGCGGCUGGUUCUUUGAUCCUCAUCAGGAAAUCUUUACUAACACAUUUCAUUUCUAUUUGUGGAUUCUCCUACUUUGCUUGCCGUUUUCCCUGUAUCUGGUAAGAUUCACUGUGAUUGACCUUUUUCUAGAUUAAGGAAUUCGUGCGAGUAAGCGUAAAGAAAUGGCCUUUUUCAGGGUAAAGACUCACAGAGAAAGUCAUGGUUUAUUUGUUACUGGUGUAAUUUAAAAAUGUUGCCGCAGAUUUCAAGUUGAAGAGGUUUAUUUUUUACUUCUUCGGUUAAACUCGAUCUAGCGCUUUCCCCAAGUAAUUUAAGCUUUAUAUUAGUGUGCGUUGAGUCCCAUAUCAGGGAUCAUUUAAUAUGAACAUUCAGAGCCAGUUUUAGGGAAUACUUUGCAUUUGUGAAUUGUACAAUUUUUGACGUGACUCCUUGGCUUGCCAGUGGCUUUUGUGUCAACAAGUUAUUUCAGACACUGAGGUUUGCAUCACGUGUCCAAGUGUGAGUUAACUCACCUGCAAUUUAUACAUGUGUGACCAAGGAAUGUGUGACAAUUGUUCUCUGUGUUUUACUGUAAGUCAGUGCAUGGUGUGAAGCUUAUAUGUUGGGGUUCAAUUUAAUCCAUUGGUGUAAAUUUUAUUUUCCAUUUUUUUUUGGGGGGGGGAGGAGGGGGGCCGGGCAGUAUGGUUAUGUAUGAAAAUAAGUUUGAAACAUAGUUAUAUGAAAUUAAAACCGAGAGUAAAAUUAAUCAACAUCAUAAACAAAGUAUAACAUUAAGCUGAUUUGUCAUUUCGUUACAUUAACAAGAUAACAAUAAUAAUAUGAAGAAGACAAGACAGUUUAUUGGUUUUCCUCCAUCAAUAUUUUAGUUUAAGUUACAAAUAUCACUUUGAUCAAUAAUAAAUUAUUGUUUUUCAGGGGACAGCUCCAUCAGCUAUAGUCUGGAUUUUCUACUCUGUGUUCAUCGCUAUCCUAUUUUUGGUCUUAAAAUGUCUGAAUUACAGACUGCACUUGAUGUUUGAUGGUGAAGAAAUCCGCACUGAAAGUGAACAACAGGAUGCUCAAAAUGAAGAACCAGGAGCUGAACAUGAAGAGAUAUCGCGCAUAGAGGUUAGCAGUGGUCCCGCAGAUGCAGCAGGGGAGGUGAUAGAACUGGAGGUGAUAAACCAUUGUUCCAAAGAUGUUGCCAACCAAGGUGGCGAGGACAAUGUAACGCAACCAUCUACUGCUACAGCUCUGUCCACCCUGCUUCCCUCUUCCUCUUCUCUUCCUAUAAACUCCACAUCAGUUACCACUGCUGCAAGUCUUCACCAGGUUCAACUCCUUAAUAACUGUAAAAUUUAUCUCAUCUUUUAAAUAACAGCUUCUAAAUAUUGCCAUUCUGGAUUAUUAUCUCCUGCAUGUGAUCCUUGUAGCUGUUUAAUGACCUGUUUCUAAUAAUUAUUCAUGCAGCCCUGACAGAUAAAGCUUCAUAUAAUUUCUAUAAUGAGUCUUUUAAUCUUAAUACAUCUAGAUGCAUGGCUUGCUUUAAAUCUCCCGUAAUUUGUUUUGCACCGUCAUUUUAUGGUUAAUUAUCUUUCACAGGACAGAAAAGUGUUAUUAUUCUUAUCUUUUAGCAAAAUGUUUUUACCUGCAUCCCUUGAAUGCCAUGGGGUUGUCAAGGAGGUUAAUCCACUAAUUUGGCACAGCCAGGUUAAGCUAAAGCUAAACAAAGCCCUGUAAUUGCAGUGAUUAUGAUACUAAGCACAUAUAGAGCCAAAAUAAACAAAGGCUCACACCACCAAAAAGACUCCUGGCCAAAAGCGUAAGACUUUGUUAUUAACUACAUUUACACAUGAUGUGCUCUAAAAUUUUGCAUUAUUUUCCUUUUUGCUUUCAAUCAGAAUGUUGCAAAUCUUUUGUGUCAGUCCUUCCAUUGUACUCUGCAGAUUAGGUCUUUCUGAGUUCAUGCUGCAAAGCUUUAAUUUUAAAUUGUUGACUGAUUUUCUUGAUUAUUCUACCUAAGCCAGUAGCCUGUUAUGAUCUCUUCUAAUUAUCAAGGUUAAAUUCACGUACACAAUACUGCUAGCACAUCCAUCUCUCAGAUGCAUGCAUGUCUGUGUUUUGGCAGUCAGUUUAUACAGCAAGACACCUGACAUGUACAGCUGUAUUAUAAGGAGAUCUACAUAUUUAUUUUUUAGAUAAUAAAAGGCAUGAAAAGGUACCUACCCAGCUGGAAUAUUUACUUUUUCUGGAUAACUGGACAGGAGGAUUUCAAGCUUUGCAGACUUUGCUGCUAUUAAUUAAAGCUAGUCAGCAUUUGCAAAGAAAAAAACAUUAAUUUGCCAUCAUGCUGUCUCUCCUCUUAGAAAUUUACAUGUAAUAGAGCACAGAAUGUUUGUUUUAGGAAGAGCUAACUUUGUUGAAAUUUUGACUGUGUUUUUUAUUGAUUUGACUUACAGGCCAGUGAUGAACAUGGAAUGGAUAAAGCAGAGUGUUGUGGUAUGUGAUUAACAGACUGGAAUUUACAUUGUAUGAUCUGUUGUGCUUUCUAUGGACUGAAUGAGCUUCUGUUCAUGCUGAAUAAAAAUAAAACAUAAUAGUAAUAAUAAUAAUAAUAAUAACUGUUUAUCUUUUCAGAUCAGUUUUGCUGAUGAGUUGGAGUAAUAAUAAUAAUAAUAAUAAUAAUAAUAAUAAUAUCAAUUACAAGGAAAUUGUGGAGAGAAGCUCCCCUAAUAAAAUUGCAAAAAACUGUCUGGCAACUGUUGACCAAUAUUCAGUGUUGGUUGACACUUUCCCAACAGUUGAUCGACAGACCGGUGGACCAAAUUUUGGUGUACACUCAGCUGACAUGAAACCAAGAAAAUGCUAGGCAGGUAAAAAAUAAUGUGUCAGUUGUUGACUGAGAGGUAGGCGAUCCGUUCAGCAGCCUUUCCCUUUUUUAUUGCCUAAAAUUGCACAGAAGAUACACUUAACAAUUAUAACCAGUAAUAACCAAAGGUUACAGAGUGCAGGCGACAAUAAAUGAAGGUCAAAACACUUUUGCUCCAGCUCUGUGCUUUGCAUAAGUUUUACAUGACAGAUGGUCAAAACACGCGCAAUCAGAUUACAAGUGAUAGAAGAUCCAAACGUGUGUGAUCAAAUUGCAUUUUGUGCAUUCCAUUCAUUUUAAGUGGAAGUCCAAAUGAAUGCUGGCUACAUACAUGCGACGCAUGCGUAAUAGCAACCUGGAGAUUAGGAUUGUGGGCUCCUCUUGUUGCCUGCAAUAUUGAACUCGGGACUACGGUGAACAAAUCCAGUUGGCGGUCAGGGCGGGACUUGAACUAGGAGCCUACAAAUUGCAAGUCCAGUGUCUAACAGCUCGGCCGUGCUGCAUCCUUAUGUGCAGCUCACUGCAUUAUUGUAUCACUGGAUCACCAAUUUUGUUGAUUGCUGGAUGCAAAAGCAAUUUAUUUCUGUUCUGUUGCAGAUCUUGGUGAAUGUGAAGAUGAAGAAAUAGUUGAAGUAGAAUUAAGAUGUGAAAGAAUAAAAGAGAAAGAGGUCAGUAAUGGCUGCUGAUCAAACAGAAAAUAUCUGAGUGUGUAAAAUAAAAAGGUCUGUUCAAGUUUCAUUCUCCUUUCAAUUUGACAUUUUCGUACUUGUUAAUCAUAGUGAGAAUUUCACAUCAGGAUUUUUCACAGUCUAAACUUCAGAACUGCACUGUGUAAUAAUUAUUAAAAGGUAAAUAUACAACAUCCUUUUUGAUAAUUCAACCCUCCAAGUUAAAGUGUUUGCUCUAUCAUCAUUUGGCAACCAACUCUUUUGGUUUAGGGAGACUUUUUUUAUAAGUCAAGUCGCCAGCUCUGAAAUUUUAGGUGCUAUGGCCACCAAAAUGGUCGCAACUUGGAAGGCUGUAAUUGCGGGUACGUUUUUUGAGUCAGUAACACAGGCCACUUAGAAAAUAAAUUUAAUGUGAGUUUACCCAACAGGAGUCGAAAUCUGUGACUAUUUAGUAACUGGUCCAGGUGCUGUACCACUGGGUUACAGCAGACUCCAGAGAAACUAUGUUCAAAGCAACAAUGUUUAUCUUUUCAGAUCAGUUUUGCUGAUGAGUUGGAGAAAACUGAAAGACUGGAACAUAGUAUUCGACUAAGGUACUGUUAUUUUUUUUUCUGGUUACAGUUUACUCCCUCUAAACAGCCAGACUCCCUUGUCUUGUCUGGAUUGAGUCAAACAUUAAAAAUUUGAACUUUGUAGGGCUGACCCAAUAUUUUACUGGUACUGGUAAUCACUAGUUUACAGUACCUUGUGGCUUAAUAAUAAGGACUAAAACAAAUGACUGACAUAAGCAUAACAACUAGAAUCCCAACUGGCCAGAGGCAAACCAGUGGGCUAUUAAUUUACAGGCGUGGCUUAGGAGUAGAACUUGGGUCUAUCAAGAACAUAUCCAGCCAAUGGUCAGGACAGGAUUUGAAUUUGGGGCCUCCAGAUUGCAAGUCCAGUGUUCUCACUGUUUGGUCACUCCCCACCUGGAGUUAUCCUUAGUUAACCUGUGUACAGACGGGCCCUUCUCCAAUUUUUCCUGAGGGGAGGGGGGAUCUGUACACAGGCUAUCCUUAGUAGUAGACACCAUAUUUGUAUUGACUCCUCCCCUCCUUAGGUUCUCUUGUAUAAAAAUCCCAUAGCACUGGUUAGUGUGGAAAAAAUAAAUUAAAUAGUGUCGAUGCCAUUCCUUUCUUCUCCUUUAUAGUCCAAGUGGCCAAAUAGAGUCUAGAGAAACAAGCCAUGAACAAGUUAAUGGUGAGUUGUUCAAUACAAUGUACCUCCUUUAAGUUCACCGCAAUUGCUUAAGACAAGGGUGAAACACUUGAUCUAUUGUAAUUAGAUUCAGUUUUUUUCAGCCCUUACCUCCUCAGGGGCUUUGUUUUCUUGCACUUGGGUCAGGAACAAAGGUGAAUGUGAAAUGCAAAUGACUGGUGAAAAAGCAUGGGGGACCACAGAAAGGAAGAAGAAGCAAGGAAAAGCAAUUUCGUGCCGGUUUCCUCCUUCAUGUCUUCCUUUGUAUGCAAAUCAAUUUUGCAAGAGAGAUGUCGGGAAAACAAGCAGUGCCUCAAACCCUGAUUCUUCUGAAUAGCAUUAAAACUUCAUCCAGUAAUUAUUGUUUUUAAUCACAUUUAGAUUCAGUCAAUUUUUCAUUUCUCUUCUGCUUUUGUAGCCACAGAGAUGCCAACUGAGGACUCAGAUGAAACUUUGGAGGGAGCGGUGGGUGGGGAAAUUGAACACCAUACGAGUCAGGAACAGACAUGUACAGAUUUGGAAUCAGAUAGUAAAGGUGAUGUAUCUCAUGUUUUUCAGAUGUGUUUGUUACAUUGUACUGCAAUAAUUAAUUUAUUAUGGUGACCUCUUACUUCUAACAAGACUUCUCGAUUAUUCAUACUAUUUUUUCGUCCAUUUUGGUCCACAGUAUGAAAUUUCUGUGCUUGUUCAUCAGACAUCAUUUUGCAAGAAAACGGUUGUUGCGUCACGACAUGUUGGCUGUUUUCUCAGGCUGACAUGUUGUCACUUGUGAUGGAUCACCUAGUUUUUAGUUAGUUUUACUGGAUGAUCCUCUAUUAAGAGUGGUGAAAAAAAAGGAAUUCUUGAAUAUGUACAGUUGCAAAGAAAAGUACUGUAGCUAGUAGUUGGCUUGCCAACUCAGUAGCUUAGAGCGCUGCACCUGUAUUGCAUAGGUCAGGGUUUGAAUCCUGGCAAGCCUGAAUUUUUUCAUGCUUUCUUUUUGCAACUGCAUAUAUUGUGUAUUUUACUGUGAUGAUCUCCUCUGAUUUACAUUUUUUGUCCUUUCUGUCAUUGUUUAGACACAUUGAGUGAUCUCUCCACACUUCCCUUGCCAAUAAUGGACAGCCACAUGGAGUCACGAUCUGUUCCUGGACUUGUUGUUCCUGACAUUUACAAGAUUCAUGAAGAAGCGCAACGGGGCCUUCUCUUGCAGACUAAAAGUGAGGGCUCAAAUGUGAAUGGAUCAAACAGUACAAGGGCCAUAUAUCAGGUUCUUGUCUCAGCCCUGGAGAACCGCAGGCCAGACUCGCCUUAUCCCGGGACUAGCUCAGGGGACAUCAAUGAAGGAAUCUCAUUUGGGUCCAGGCUAGGGACCAUGUCGGACAUCAUCGGAAGCCGUUCUGGCUCUGAGUAUGAUGGGACAAGUCUUUCUCGGCAUGAGUCGCAGAGUGAAAAAUCAGUUGUUCCUCGGAUGCGCUCAAUUUCUGACAUUGUGCGCGAAACAAAUGACGCUGGUGAUAAUGAAGAAGAAAGGCAGAUUCGAGUCGGAGUGGACACUCCUUCUAUCUUGGACACCCUUUCUCUGCAGGAUUCAGGCCGUUUUCACAACCCUUCAACGAGUUCGCAACCAGAGUCUAUAGACAGCGUGAGUGUUAACAUCACAAUGAACAAGGACACUGCAUCAACUGUAGCACAAACAGGGAGUAUAGGAGAACCUGACGGAUCAGGGCGAGAAAGCUCCGAUCUCCUCGCACUAGCGCAGCGUUCAUCAUCACUAGCGCGGAGAAGGAGAAGUCUGCAGAGAAGGAGAAGAGCUGAAACAGGAGGGGCAAUGCGAAGGCGCAGACGACAUGAUUCAGGAGCACACGCUGAUGAACUGCUGCAUUCAGGUGAUGGACCCUCAACUCAUCUAGCCCUGUCACACGAUGACACUUCACCUGGGGCCCAACACAGUUAUUUGGAUGAAAAUGGUAAGCCUGGUCAGCGGCAAUUCACCACUUCAGAAAUUAGAAGGAGACUGGGCCGAGUCAACUUUCGCAAAGUAUUCUGGGACUGUUACUAAGAACAAGGGAAAAAACUGGCCAAUAGAGAGAUUUAGAGUCACGUUUACGCCAAACGGCGAACGUGAAUUUGUAUCACGUGACCAAGUUUUCCCCUUAAUUGUCAUUUACUGUUUAUUACUUCUAGUCAAUUAGUACAAAACAAACUAGAGGCAUACAUGUAAAAGACGACGUGUCCGACGAAAUGCUACAUGGGGUUGGACAUGAUGACUGAAGAGAUCAAACACCAAAGAUUAUCAUUUUGUGGCUGAAGGUUUGCCCAAUGGUAAAACACAUUGUGCGACGACUUUUCUGUUUUGUCUGACUUAAACGGUGACCUUGGACAAAAAAGAAAAAUUGCUUGCAGCCAGGUCUGGAAUAGUAAUACACUUUAUACAACUAAAGGGGGGUGAAGUACAAUCUGUUUUGCAGGUCUGUAAUCUAGUACACCUCUCACCAGCGUGAGAAGAAAGCUGACAUUUCGCGAUCCCAUCGCUCGUUUCCUCGCGAAAUGACGUCUGAGUACCAAACGCAGAAAUUCCAUGCUGACGAUGCGUCACUACCUAGAUCUGGGUGGUGCUUCUGAUUGGCUGAAAAUAUGCUUCAACCUAUCAGAAGCACUAGCCAGAUCUGGGUAGCGACGUUUCAUCAGUAUAGAAUUUCUGCGCUCGUUUCUCAGACGCCAUUUCGCGGGGUAACUAGUGAUGGCGUCGCGAAAUGUCGGCUGUUUUCCCAGGUUAACCUCUCACUGAAAUAUUUCUAUUUGCAGGUGUUUUGCAGACGUAUGUGUUUGUUCAGGACAGAACUAUCUUGCCGAGUACUAGUUAUUCACCCACACGGCUUAGGGAUAUACUAAACUGGUAAUGAAACGAAGUGGUUCAUGUACAUGUAUUGAAAAGGCCCUUGCUUUUAAAAUGUUCCUUUCCUAAGUUUUGAGUCUGUAGACAAAAUCAUGUCGCACGACGGUUUAGUUGAAAUAAGAGAGAGCUUAAGCAACGAUGACGGGAACGGCAACAGGAACAGCAAAAAAGAGAGUUAGAUUGGUAAAACAACAACUUUUCACGUGCAUCACGCUUUUUUGUAGAUUUCUUUGCCGUCACUGCACGUAAGACGUGAAACUGCCUAAUUUCAUGUUUUCUGGAGAACGUGGACACAUGCUCAAGACAACGACUUUCUUUUCUUUUCCUGAACUUUAGGUUUUGAUACAGUUUUGCAAACAUCUGUCGAAGUGAACUGCCUCGCGCCUCCUUUCACGUGCAAGAGCCUAUUUUUUUUCCUGAGUUUUGGCUUAGCAUAUCUAGAAAUUCCUUGAAGAAUGAUUGAUCAUAUUCUUUAACGUGUUCAGAUAUUGGGAUUAGGACGAAGACAAAUGAGCACCCUUCCCUCUCUAUUCUGCGCCACUCUCUGCUAUCUUUCACGUAGCCUGCGUAGCAAGCGUUUCCUUUGGUUUCGGAGCAAAGAAUACCCUGGGUUCCAGAGGAUAUUUUUUUCUUAUGGACACUGAUGGUUUUUUUUUUUGCUUUAACGCGGCUUCAUUAUCGAUAAGAAAAAAAAUCCUCUGGAACCCAGGGUAAGCAAAGAAAGACCGAGGAAUGGGAUUUUCGGUUUUGGCCGCGCGAGAAAUGGAAAGAGAGUCAAAAAAUGAAAGAGGGGGGAGAAGGAGGGGAAGGAAGGAAAUAAGCUCCCCCCUCUCCGCUCUUUACUCGUACCAUUUUUCACGCGUUCUUUGACUCUCGUUCCUUGUUCUGUGCUCCAAAACUGCAUGGAAACGCUUGCUUGGCAGGCUAUCAGAAUCUUUAACGCCAUGAUCAAUUUGUGAUUUUAGGGAGACGAGCAGCUCGGCUUCGACUGUAGUUGUUGAUACAGGUCUGUCAGCAUACCUCCAGUCUCAUCCGUCAGCUGCACGUCGUAGCUCAUCACACGCCCGAUGGCAGGAGACAAUCUCCUCAGUCAGUAUUCCAUUCCCUCCCCCCACGUCUGUGACUGAAAAGCCGAGACCACACUACUUCAAAUUUCAGCUUCUUCCUGGAAAGUUUAUGAAAAUCAAAUUUGAUCGACUUGCUCUGUUAGCGCUUAUGGACAGGUAGGUUUCAGUGUUUAGAAUAAAAUUGAAAAUCAUGGUGGUCUCAAUAACUGAUGCAUAGGGAGCUUAAACAACGACGACGGCGACGGCAACAAGAACGGCAAAAAAUCAACAGGUUUAGAUUGUAGCCUUUCACGCAGACGUUCUUAGGGGUUCGUCACGCGUUCCUGCCAGGCUGUGGGGCAGGAACGCGUGACGAACCCCUAAGAACGUCUGCGUGGGAGGCUAGUUAGAUUGGUAAAACAACAACUCUACACGUGCGUCACGCUUCUCAGCAGUUGUCGUCCGUGAAGUUGUACUUUUGCUGUUUUUGCCAUGUUUUUAGGCAGAAGUUCGGCUAUUUCUUCUUCGCAAAACGUGUAAAAUUUUCCGCCGUUUUCUCCAGCUCUACCAAAGCUUUUGGCCAUUGAACUAACGCAACCUAGUCCCAGGACUUCGCGGUUACCGUGGCUUUUUCUGACUGUAGCCUGCACUAUUGACGUCAUUUUAUAUCGUCUUCCAAAUUUGCUCAACGUUAGCUGGUUUUGAAGAAUUAGCCGAAAGAUUUGAGCCAAUCGGAAGCGGCGAAAUAUUUUGAACGGAUAAUAAACUAACCUAUUGUACGCAAACUACAAUGAGCGAUAUCUUGCAUUACCAUAACAUUAAUUUUUUUUUCUCCUUCGAAGAAACAAACACAAGAUAGAAGCUGUCGUAUCAGUACUGUUGGCUAUUUUGGUGGCAGUCCUUGGGUACUGGCUUUUGCUGUCCGAUUUUUAUAAAGACUUCUGGAUUUUUGUGUUCUGUUUCGUUCUGGCUGGAUGUCAGUUUACCCUCAUUAAGGUUAGCAGAUAAUUAUUUCCUGAUUUUAUCUGAUUAUAUUGUAUGUUGAAACACGAGUUGCAGCGCUUCAUUAGGGCCAGUGUCACGCUGACUCUUGGCCAAGUGUUGGCAAACAGUAGGCCAGCACUUGACCAACAGUUGCUUGACAAACGGCCAACAGACGACCGAAAAACGGUAGAAAAUCGCCAAUGGUUUUGACGUCACUUUUCUAAAACAAGGUUGAUUUUCUUGCAUUGGUAUACUUACUAUAUGCAUCUCUGCUUUUUUUUACAGAGUGUUCAGCCUGAUGCUGCCUCUCCAACUCAUGUAAGUUUGUUUGUUAAUCUUAUAUUAUCCUUGUGUGGUUUUUGACCCCUUUCGAUGUAGUUGGCCAGUAUAGACUCAAAAUGACGGAUGUGCCUGGAAAAACGAUAGCUUAGAUCGCUACCAUGGCUAGAUUUUUUUAGCGAUCGUAACCAUCAUAUGAAAAUCAACCUGAAGUGCUACCCGGGCUUGUAAAAGUUGGUUUUUCGAGGAAUAACGAGUUGAGCUGUUUUCCCGUUCGUUACGAGUAGUAAACCUGAUAAUUUGUGUGAUUUGCUUGAUGGAACGUUUCCAUCUGCCACAAAGAAUUUGAUAGCUUACACGUAUGUUUGAUUUAAAGUACCCUGAGGUUAUCGAUCGGUCAGAGCAUUGGAAGAGAGAAAAGAUUAACUUCCGGUUGUCAAUUUUCAAACUUUGUUUCCUUAAUCAGUAAUCCCCAACUCGUGCACUGUAUACAAUUUUCACUUCCUGGACGUCAGUUGCAAGCCGCACAUAAUAUGACUGGCGUAGCUAUAAUUAAAUUUUCGACCCUGCUCGCCAUCGAACCUCCAGUAUCUCAGUGGUUAGAGCGUCCGAAUUAGAACUCGGCGGGUCGUGAAAACGAUUCUCACCUGGAGCUGGGAAUUUUUUCUGAGCUUUCUAGUUUAAGAAUUCUCCGUCGUCUAAAUAAUGGUUCAGUCAGAGUAUUAACGCUAGAUAGUUCUUGUCUUAUUACAGGGUCACAAUCACAUGAUUGUAUUUAGCCGGCCCACAUACUUCUGUGCUUUAGCUAUCUGUAUCCUUGUCUUGGAUAAAGCACAGAAGACUGACGUAUCAACAUUUACCGUGUAUGGCAUUCCGUUUGCUACUAAUUCCACGAUCUCCUAUGCAAGAGAUUUCCUGCUCGGUAAGUAAUACUCAAGCACUGAGAACUAUACCUGAGACUUUGUUUGUGCGUUAGUUUGCAUUUUAUGUAUCUGCGAUGUAACUACAGGCAGGUUCCGUGCUGGUUUUUAAAAAUAGCUGUAAACAAACAUAAACAAUACACCGCUUUAGAAAUGAGACGGAGACUGGGUCGAGUUAACUUUUGCAAAGACUUCUGGGAGUGUUACUGUGGACAGGGAAAAAAAUUGGCCAAUAGCUGAUUGGUGCGUCCUCAGGAACGAUCCCACAAGUCUUUGUGACAAUUAACUCGUUCUGGUUUCCUUCUAGUUUCUAAAGUGGCGAAUAACAGAACGAUGCUUGUAAGGAGACAGCGUGGCUGAGUGGUCAGCGUGUCGGACUCGCAAUCCAGCGGUCCCGGUUUCGAGUCCCUCUCUGGUUACUUGCUGGAUUUGUUUUCGAUUGUCUCGAGUUCAAAUCCUUGGCAACGCUUGUAAAUAGCCAACAGACCAAUUCCGAUAUACAGUAUCAGUAAAAUUCAUACUCGGCUGCAAAGCUUGGGGGAAUAAAACAAGUCAUCUUGCUUUAUUCCCCCAAGCCUCGGAGCCAAAUAUGAAUUUUAAUAUGUCGAAAAUGGUCUGCUGGUUGCCUCCUGCCAGUUGUGGUUUUUAAUCCUGUUAUGUUGUAUUUGAAUUAUUUGUUUCUAAGUACUGGUAUUUGAGUGGAGUGCCUGUAAACUAGCUGGAUAAGCUAAGUGCACUUUCCAAUAUAAACAAACCUUGAAACCUUUAAACCUUUAUGCUGACUAAUAUAUACCUCUAGUGGUGUCAAAUGCUCGAAUCUAAUUGGUUUUCAACAGUCCUUAUUUAUCGCUUAAAAAAUUGAUUGAAUAAACGAUUUGAAAUACUUUGUUUCCCUGAAAUAAUCUACAACGGUACAACGUGUUUAACUCUAUUGGUUUAGAAGGCAAAACAGCAACUGCUCCAGUCCAGUUUAACUAAGAUAGGUUUGUUCGUUUCGUUGCAGGUUUUAUACUUGGUUUCCCAUUGAUCUUUCUUGUUGGCCUGUUGCCUCAAGUUAACACAUUUCUCAUGUACGCUCUUGAGCAGGUGGACAUGCAUGUUUUUGGAGGAAAUGGUAGGAUCGCCAGUGAUUUCAAAGUGGAUGAAAUAAAUCCUUCUAUUCUCUCAUUCUGAGACCGAGUUAUGGCAAAAUUAUUUGUCACUCUAACAGUAAACCCCCCUCUCCCUCCCUCUAUCUGUAUUGGUCACUAACUGUUUAAGUCCCACCCCCUCCCUCUAGGGUUAUUUGUCACUCUAACUGUUUAACUCCCGCCCCCUCCCUCUGGGGUUAUUUCAGGAAAAUGUAGAACAGGUGACUGGACCUAAAAAGUGCAACAUAAAGAGAAUCAGCUGAAGACAGAAACAUGGCUACCAUGAAAUCUAGACUGGAUAAUGUAUUUUUGCUUUUUAAGGUCUGGCACUGCCUUUGUGGCGUUGAAGUCUGUAAUCGUUAAGAACGGCUUUAGCGUGGAUUAAGAAGUGGUGCAUUUAUUGACAAUACGUUAUUACGAUUGGCCAUGGGACCAAGUUUAUUUUGCUGUUUAUCAGUCAAAGAAACUUGUUCGGCUGCGUCUCAUGAAGACGUAUAUUGACAAUUACUGAUGUUUACAGUUUGUGAAACAUGUAUUUGACAGCGUAACUUUUUUAUCACAGUUAUACGUUCAACGAUGUUUUAUUGCUUUGUAGCUAUAACAAGUCUGAGAGGUGCUUUAUGGAGCCUUUUUCGCAAUAUUUUAGCCGUGGGCUUUCUGUAUGGGUUCUGCUAUGGAGCAAUGCUGGUAAGCGCCAAUACCAAAGUUGUUGGAAUAGGCCACUUUCGAUAUCUUAAAAUUCAGCAUGAUAGCGAGUCUUAGAGGACACAAAUAAAGAAAAUGAAUAAACAUGAAUAAUCAUGGUUUAUUCAUUUUCUUUGUUUGGGACCUCUAAGACUCGCUAUCAUGCUGAAUUUUAAUAUAUCGAAAGCGGCCUAUCACACAUGCUAAUUUAUGCUGUUCAAUGAACAUUUCUGAUUGGCUAAUUUCACAAUGAAUUUUUGACAUGUGUCCUACAUAUUAGUUCUGUUCUGUUCUGUUUUUCUUCUAGCUACGUGAAGAGUAGCACAACGAAUCUUUAAGGAAUAAAUGUUCUAAAAGUAGCGAAUAGACUGAAUCAUUCUAACAAAAGUAAUUUGUUUCCCUGUGCAAUACAUGAAAUAAGAUCAACCCCAUGUUAAUUGCUUGCUACAUCAUCGUUUUCAUUGCAAUACAAGUCUCUUUACGAGCAACAGUCUUAGAACCAUCUGUGUACCGUGGUAGGGUGUGUCUUUUGAAGAGUUUACAGAGAAAUACAUGAAGGAACGAAAUAAGAUAAAUAACCUCCGCUCUAAUCACAAAUUGAUGUUACGUUUUCGGAAAUAGGUGGGAUUGUUUUUAAACAAGCCAGAAAAAUGGGGGGGGGGGGGUGUCCUUUGUUUGGAUCCUUGUCGAUUUGGCAUGCAUAAUCCGUUUUUGGCUUUUGCAUUUUGGAAGGAAAUCUGGUUAGAAUAUCGAUUUUCAAUUUCACUGACGUCGUAAGGUUGUUGCCUUUUUUUCUCUCAGAAUAACAUUUAUAAAUAGCGAAAACAGUCAGGAAUGUUCAAUAUGGUGGCGCGCAAAAGUUUUUUUUUUUUGUUUUUUACAAUGAAAUUUUCUUUUUGGCUUUAUUGUCUCAUUAGGAAAAAAAUUUUUUUUUUCAGUAUUAAAGUGGUAUUUAUCGUGCCGUGGUUUCAGCUUUCAAGAGAGUUUGCUCAGUAGUACUGUUAGUAUUGCCUUAGUAUCAGGUCAUAUCAAGUUUGUUUUACGUUGUAGAAUGGCGCCGAAGGAGGUCAGCAUGUACUGUUUUCAGUGUUCAGUGGUCUGCUUGUAGCCAUCUCUUAUCAUCUCAGUCGUAGCGCCAGUGAUCCAACUGUUUUAAGGUAAGAACAUGGUAUGGGUGAAUUAUAGCCUUUGUCGUUAACCCUUUCUUUCCGCACAUGUGAUCAAAGUCGGUCAAAGUCCAACCAAAAAUUUCCAAAUCUCAUUUUGUAAAAUGUUAUUUAACAAAUAGUACCAUGUGAAAGUACUGCUGAAGAGGUUUCAUUUGAAUGGUAACACCAUAGGAUUUCAUCCACAGACUCAAAAGUUAGAACCACAUACUAAAUAAAUAGUACCAUGUGAAAGUACUGCUGAAGAGGUUUCAUUUGAAUGGUAACACCAUAGGAUUUCAUCCACAGACUCAAAAGUUAGAACCACAUACUAAAUAAAUAGUACCAUGUGAAAGUACUGCUGAAGAGGUUUCAUUUGAAUGGUAACACCAUAGGAUUUCAUCCACAGACUCAAAAGUUAGAACUUCAUACUAAAUAAAUAGUACCAUGUGAAAGUACUGCUGAAGAGGUUUCAGUUGAAUGGUAACACCAUAGGAUUUCAUCCGCAGACUCAGAAGCUAGAGCUACAUACUAAAUAAAUAGUACCAUUUGAAAGUACUCCUGAACAGGUUUCAUUUGAAUGGUUACACCAUAGGAUUUCAUCCGCAAACUCAAAAGCUAGAGCUACAUACUAAAUAAAUAGUACCAUGUGACAGUACUGCUGAAGAGGUUUCAUUUGAAUGGUAACACCAUAGGAUUUCAUCCACAGACUCAAAAGCUAGAGCUACAUACUAAAUAAAUAGUACCGUGUGAAAGUACUGCUGAAGAGGUUUCAUUUGAAUGGCUACAACGUAGGAUUUCAUCCACAGACUCAAAAGUUAGAACCACAUACUAAAUAAAUAGUACCGUGUGAAAGUACUGCUGAACAGGUUUCAUUUGAAUGGUAACACCAUAGGAUUUCAUCCACAGACUCAAAAGUUAGAACUACAUACAAAUAAUUAGUACCAUUUGAAAGUACUGUUGAAGAACGUUCAUUUGAAUGGUAACACCAUAGGAUUUCAUCUACAGACUCAAGUUAGAACUACAUACUAAAUGAAUAGUGCCAUGUGAAAGUACUCCUGAAGAGGUUUCAUUUGAAUGGUUACACCAUAGGAUUUCAUCCGCAAACUCAAAAGCUAGAGCUACAUACUAAAUAAAUAGUACCAUGUGACAGUACUGCUGAAGAGGUUUCAUUUGAAUGGUAACACCAUAGGAUUUCAUCCACAGACUCAAAAGCUAGAGCUACAUACUAAAUAAAUAGUACUAUGUGAAAGUACUGCUGAAGAGGUUUCAUUUGAAUGGUAACACCAUAGGAUUUCAUCCACAGAUUCAAAAGUUGGAAGUACAUACGAAAUAAAUAGUACCAUUUGAAAGUACUGCUGAAGAGGUUUCAUUUGAAUUAAAUGUUCACACCUUAGGAUUUCAUCCACACACUCAAAUCACAAGGUUUGUCAUUGACUCUGGAAGUAAACUGGUUAACAAGUUUAGCAUUCCUUGAUUGAAGAAUUAAGGCAAGGGUUUGGUGGUGUGUUGAAACUGUAAAGUCAAUAAAAAGUUUUGUUUAGCUCUUGUUUCUUUUUGUUUUCCUUGUUUGUUUUUUUGUUUAGAUCAGUGUUAAGGAAAGCCUGCGGCAAAGAGGCCGUUAAUGAAAACGACGAAGAUUUCGUCGACCCUCUGCCAGAAAAACUUAGAGCAACUGUGGUAAGUUCAUUUUGUUGACCAAUUCCUUCCUUAAAACUCUUGUUCAAAUGCUGGAUAGCACUAUCCUCCGGAUAAAUCGCUAUCCAGUGGACAAGUGUCAGGAAUUACGCAAAUUUCUGUUCUAACCGGCUGGAACGGAAAAAGUGGAAUGUCUCGGAAGGUCGUCUGUUUGUUCCGAAAAAUUUCCGGUCGAACCGCAAAUUUUGCCAAACUGGAAAGCACCCCAAGGGAACGAGUUUGAACAUCGGAUCUCUAUUUAAUACAUCUUAUAAGUUAAUUGUUCGUCUCGAUUCUAAUAUUUAAAAUUUAAGCUGCAUUUAGAUAUUGAAAUGCGCUCUAUCCUUUUUUCAAUUUAAUUUUUCAGGCAAAACGUUUACAGAAUGAUGUGGUGUGCUGUAUAUUGAUUCUGAUUUUUGUCUUUGCUAUUCAUUUGAGUACAGUGUUCACUGCCCUCCAGGUAUGAAACCGUUUUUUGAUCGAUUAGAAAUAAGCUAUCACCUCAACUUGGCCAUAUAUGUCUACCAGAAAACAGGAAAGCAAAGAAGUGCUCUUCAUGGCCACUUCGCAUUCUUUCACAUUGCUUUUCAAGAAGGAUAUAAGUAAAUGUAACAAUAUGCUGAGGCUCUCGCUGGGUAUUCCAGUGAAAAUAGAAAUGAUUAUAAAUAGCGCGCGUUGGACUAUGGGACGAGAGGAAAGGCGGGAGCCUCUCUUCUUCUCUUUUCCCUUCCCAUCGUCCCCCGCGCGCUUUUACCCUCUCCCCAGCCUCCCUGCAACAUAGUGGAGCUUAAGCAUCAACGAUGGCGGCGGCUGCGAAAACGUCACUUAAAAAGUGAAAUCGCACUUCUUCAAACUUUAUCGCGCCUUAUUCCAUCUUGUCUAGUUCGUCAAAUGUUGGCAACUUCGUUUGGAGUUGAAUUCUCAAGGACUGUAUCAAAGUUCAGGAAAAGAAUAAGAAGUUGUUGUCUUGAGUUCCCGUCCUCGACAAAACGUGAAAUUUGGCACUUUAAUGUUGUAGUGGUAAAACGACGGAUGAGAAAUGUACAAAAAAGCGUGAUGCACGUGCAAAGUUGUGGUUUUGCCAAUCGGAACCUGUUGCUUUUUUGCCGUUCUCGUUGACAUCGCCGUCGUCGUUGCUUAAGCUCCCUACAAAGAGGCUUCCACGGAGGAGGGAGAUGUAAUAAGGUAACAGUAUGAAGUGUGAUCGCCCCUCCUGCCUGACCUUCCUUUCUUGGGGUCUCGCACUGAAUGUGUUCUCGACGUCAUAGGCUUCAUUACAGUGCAAUUUCCGGUGAGAAAGUGCAGAUAGAGAAGAAACUUUGUAACGUUACAUAAAUAAUAAAUAAUAUAAAUAAUAUAAAUAACGAUUUGAAGGUAGCACAUCCACAAAGUGGUUCUUCGUCUACCUGAUUCCUGGUCGAAUUGGAAUUUGGAAAUGUUGGUUUUUGAGGAGAGGAGAAAACCGGAGUAGCCGGAGAAAAACCUCUCGGAGCAAAGGAAAGAACCAACAACAAACUUAACCCACAUGUGGCGUCGACGCCGGGAUUUGAACCCUGGCCGCACUGGUGGGAGGCGAGUGCUCUCAUCACUGCGCCACCCCUGCUCCCCACUUAGUAGCUAGACCCUUAAGAGAUUCAACGCAUGCUCUGUUUUAUUUCUCUGUAGCCUUAUGUGAGUUAUGUCCUGUAUGCUGUGGCUGGCUUUCUGGGAAUCCUUAAUCAUUAUCUGUGGCCGCAGCUCCAUAAGCCUUUACCCUGGUUGUGUUUUGCCAGACCCUUCUUACGCAGCCGAGAGUAUAACCAAUAUGACGUUAAAGGUUGGUACCAGUAAAUUAGCAAAAUGGUAGUGCUUGUAGCACAAAAAAAGUCACCAGUUUACUAUAAAGCUUAAUAACUGCACUGGAAACUCAAAGUAGAAAAUAGUAGACUUGGCCAAAAUUUCUUGGGACCGAACUCUUCGAUAUUCUUCUGACGUCCUCGUCGGACGUGCGUGCGUUUGUCACGUGAUCUUAGAGCACAUGACCAUUCUUUUGUGCCGUAUGACGAUGAAAGAUCCAGACUCAAUCCCGAUGCGACCCCUCGACUAAGUAAGCGGACGGGGCUUGGAACCGAGCACGACAGCAUUGAUGGUUCGCUUGACAGUUGAUGCACGAUGACUGUAAACCAGGCUACCCAAUGCCAUUUUAGAUUAGGAACAAUAACUUCGAUGCGUGUUGUUCCACUGUUUGUUCGCCAUAUUUCGAGCCUCACAAAUCGCCCAGAGCCUUUAUCUCAACCGUUAACUUCCAGAUAUAUAAUACAGAUCAGACUUCCAGUCACAGAAUCUGCAAAUAAUUGAAUGUUGAGAUUAGGAGGGAGAUAGCUCUGUCAAAUGUUUACACUGUGCAACUUAAACGCAUGCAACGUGUUUGCGAAGAACCUACAACAUCGAGGGUAUAGCGCAAAUUGACCUGGGACGAGGCUAGAAAUUGAGAGGACUUACAUUCCACUAUUUAACUGAUUAUCAGCUUACACAUCGAGCCAAUCAUUUUGUUUUUCUUUCCAGCGGCAGCAAAGAUAAUGGUUCAUGAGUGGGUACAUGUUUGGAUGAACUUUGUCGAAAGGAACAUAAUAUAUCCUGCUGUGUUCUUGAGUGCUCUUACAUCAAAUGCCAGCAAAAUUGUCGAGAACUUUGGCCCUUAGUAAGUGAAAUAUUGUGUCAGCUUUUUCUCUGUUGGGUGUUGUCUACUAGUGUGGGAAAUCGAAACACUGGUCUCUAGGUUGAGAAUUUUUAUAUCUGUUUUGGCUGUUGUUCUUUAUGUUGUACACAAUACAAUGCAAUGCAAUACAGUGCAAUGCUAUGUAAUGCAACACAAUUUAUUCACAUUUCCAAGCUACAUAGCAAAGCGUGUACAGGAUAUAUUUCGAUUUUUUUUCAGCCUAAAAAUGAUCUGUUGUUACGUUUCAGUGGUGGCCCAGCAGUCAUCUGUAUCAUGGGGUUGAAGCUGCUUCGUUCAUCGUUCUCAGAUCCCUCUCGUCAGCAUAUAGUGCUUCUAUGGACAGUGCUCUUCUUUCACUUUGACUACAGUCACUCGUCCGAGACUUUUGUUGUGGACUAUUUCUUUAUGUCCAUAUUUAUCAGCAAGGUGAGUGGGAAGCAAAGACUGGUCGCCUUAGUACCACAGUCAUUUUACGCUUGUCAUUUGAGUUAACAGUCGAUAGUUAGAUUCUUAAACGAGGACGCCUACGAGUACUGGAUUUUCUCAAUACUAAGUAGUGCGCCCUCGCGUGAACCCACGUCAUUUUGGCGGGAAAUCGUUAUACCCGUCGUCAUUCUGCUACGAGUUUUAGCGAGAAUAUCGUAGUGGCGGAACAGGUUAACAAAUAGUAAUAGUUUUAUAAUUUUGCGAUGGGAGAGGGCUUAAUCUCCUCCGAUAAAGAUAACAGGGCUAACUUUUCUGGUGAUUCAAAAGUUCAAUGAAGCUCUCCGAGUUGUCUAUUUUGGAGAAAACGCGAAAACACUUUUAGUCAAAUCUCUUAGUCGUUCUAAAUUGCCUAUCACUUUGGCUAGCUAAACUGGUUGACUCUGAGACUUCAGAGCUUUAGGCCCCGGUUCAGUUUCCGGCCGGAUUACCGGAUACCCCUCGCCCCCUUUCAAAGCUUAAGGAUGUAAUUUUAACUGUUUAAAGUUUAAAACAUUACCUCUACCCUGCUGAUGUAAGUUGACAGGAAUUGGUUUAAGUGUUUGAAAACUGAUACUGCACACUUGUUGUCGCCAUUUUGCAACAAAACUUUGCUCUAGCGCGAAGCGUUUCCGAGGACGGAGAGGGAGGUCUAAAGAAAUAUUCACCUCGGCGCUAUAUAUUUUAGACCCAUUUGCUCCUGUUUUCCCCUCAUGGUAAAUAGAAUCCCACUGAAUACAAACCGUCAUAAACAUAAUGCUAAAGUCAUUUUGCCUCACCGUGGUGUGGUUCCAUAGUGCAGUUCCAGUGAUUUUGCUACCUCUGUGUCCUGCGUCCCAGACGCAUAAAAUCCCCAAAGACACAAAAUAAUUCAUGGCAUGCGUUCCGUAGGACGCAAAGAACGAUCGAUCGGUUUGAAGAUUUUUUGGUAGAAUAUCCUGUUCGUUUGCUUUCUGGGGCUGUUGUUUAAAGAUACAAAUUUAUCUUACUCUUUUUUGUGCUUUAGAUUUAUGAAAGGACUAUAUUUUAAAUUCAGUGAACUGUAGUAAAGAGUUUUGGCGUCUGUCUCCAGAUUAACUGUCUAGUUACAUAAAGGCCCAAGCGUGACUCCUUUUUUUUCGAACAGUGACUCAUUGGUUAUGGACUGGGACUCAUAAUUUUUCACAACAUGAGUCCCAGGACUCACCAUAACUAUUUGCAACAAUAUCACCGCAGUUCGCACAACACUCCGGGCGUCCGUCCCACGCGCGACCUCCACAUGGCUGAUAUUUAGUAUUUUGUUUCUAUUGCAGUUAUAUGAGCUUAUCCUAAAGGUUCGUUUCGUGGUGACGUAUAUAGCGCCUUGGCAGAUCACGUGGGGCUCUGCAUUCCACGCGUUCGCACAGCCUUUUAGUGUUCCUCGUAUCCUUUAAGAUAAAUAUGAAGGGUUUAAACUAAGGAACAUUUUUGUCAUGUGCACUGGUGGACCAUUAGAGAGUUUAAGCAUCACGUAUGCGGCAAACGGCAAACGUCAGAUUCAAGUUGAGAAUUUCUCAAUAGAAAAUGAGCAGAUGAAAACAGCUCAAGACAAUUCUUAUGUAUAAAAAAUUGCGUGAAACUACUAAUUUAUGUGCAGAAAUAAUGAACAGUAAAAGACAAGUAAAGAGGAAACUUGGUCACCUGGUACAGGUUUGACGUUUGACGUAAACGUGAUGCGUAACCUCUCUAUUAACUAUUUAUGUUUACGUUAAAGUUUAAUAGGUGUUGUAUCCUUCGGUUUGGCGCUGGUCCUGAAGACCAUCGGUACCCGUUGAAAUAUUGGCCUAUUGGUGGCUUUUUCCUUUAGAGCCAGCCCUGCGAUUAAUUUGCUUCACUUGAACGACACACUGACGUUUGGUACGAGUGCCUCAAACGUCAUUCACCAGCACCAACAGCUUUUAUUCAGAGCUACACUCAACCCUCUGGGCUCAAGCUGUUUAAGCUAUUCAAGCGGUUGUAUACUUCCGCUUUGAGUUAUAAUUGGCGCAUUGGAUUGUCAAAGUCUGUUCUGAUCAUUUUUGGCCAAAGUUAUUCUUAAAUUCAAAGCACUCUUGAAUUGCUUACUCGUCUUUUUCGCGCGCCUGGUGGCGGCCGUAAGCUCUCGUUUUGGCUUAUUGGAUUAUCUAGGUUGUUGAUUGGCCAAAUAAGUUUUGAAUUUCAAAGCUCUCGUGAUUGCCAGCUCGUGUUUCCCGCGCUUUUUGCUGGCUGGGCGCUUUCGGCAUUUGUUCUGAUUGGUUCAUUCGAUUGCCUAGGUCUGUCGUGAUUGGUUAAAGUUAAUCUGAAUGUGCCUGUUUCCUUGACUACUUGACUUCAGACUCCGCCAUGCUGUUUUUUCAAGCUUUAGUGUCUUCAAUCGUGUCUGCACCAUUGAAUCCUUUCCUAGGAAGCGCCAUAUUCAUUACUUCAUACGUUCGACCUGUAAAGUUCUGGGAGAAGGACUACAAGUAAGUCAGAUUCUUCAUUUCAUCUGUAACAAAAUUCUCGAUGUAGAUUUAUUUCGCAGCAUACUUGUAUACUUGUCGCAUUUCAAAUGCGUAACUUGUUCGAAAAAAACACUUCGCCAAGUCUCCAGGAACUUUUUGUGCGAGACGGGGAAACCGGUCGUUUCGAUACAAACUCAAGAAGUGAAAUGGCACAAACAUUUUGUUCACUUCAAGUAUAGUUUGCGAGUGAACAAGAAAAACAUUAUGGUGAAUAUUUUCGUUCUUUAAGCUUUAAGCUCGUUCUUGAAUCUUACACGGACAUGGCUGCUAAAUUGAAAUAAUCCCUAUGUUGGAAUUAGUUGUAGCAUCACCGUAUACUGAUUAACUUCCAGUUUGUUCUGUUAAGUCUAAACGUAUUGGUGCGAAUUGCGCUACGAUUAUAAAACUACUGUUUAAGCCCCGGACGAUUGCAUGGCCACCAGCCAAUGAAUAUAUAUUCAGGCGAUUGCGGUCGUCUUUAUUUUGCAAAUCGGCACGCAUGGCAUCGUCUCUGCCGCCUGAACAAGGACCUUGCUUUUAGGGCGAUUAUCCAGAAACCAAACUAAAGCCCAUCCCUUUUUGUCUUUCUCGUUAACGUCGCCGUCCUGGAGGCUCAAGCUCUCGUCUUCUGUACGCGCUGACAGCAACUAACAAACUAAACAACGCAGACAGAAUAAACACCCAAGUUCUCCAAUUAUUCCUUUGACCGCUUGUCUAACUUCAUUCAUCUUCCAGCAGUAUAAUAUCGGGUUAAAUGUUGAAUUUAGGUAGAAUAGAGUCCCUGCAAACUCCUUAGCAAUGACAACAGAUGGGGACAAUCCUUGAAUAGUCAAAGCUUCCACUAUGCUUAUCGGCAGAUAGCAAAUAACUAGUGCAAACUGCACCCACAGUGCACUCGAUACUGCCUUUCUGUAGCGCGCCAUGUUCAGUAGAUUUGCUUCGCUGGACUGUCCUUGGUGUAUUUGGUUCUGCCAGUGAAUUUGGUGAUGACGCAGAGCGUGAAAAAUUUUUGCGAAAAAGGCAGUUGACAAGGCCAGGGAAAAUGAUAUAAGUAUAGAACUGUACCAUGCGGUUAUCUGGUGAUUCCAAAAGUGCAUUGUUGUACAGACAACAGGCACAAUCCAUAGAGCAGUUACAGCUAGAUAUGUCCGCUUCAAGGUUACAAAGUGUCUGUAUCGAAGCCCCAACAAAAGCGCCAGAAGUCUGUCCAAGCUGAUCGCCGUUAUAGUUGACAAAGUCACCCCAAACAAUAUAUAACCUGUGAUAUAAUUUGCCAGAAAUGCAUGCCGACAAAUGUUCCAUCGUCCAGUUAUAGCAGCAAUCAAGGAAAUAACACUCAAAGGUUCCACAAUAACACCAACGCAGAGAUCAGUUGCGACUAGGUUACGAUACAAGAGUUUAGAUGGUGGAUGAAGAGAUGUUUCUUUCUUGAGGGCUAGUAAGAUCAGAGUAUUGCCGAGAAACGCGGUGACCGACAGAAUUGUGUUUAGCACUAAUAGAAAGAUGAACUGGCUAUGCAUUCCUCUGGUUAAUUCUAACGAGCAAAAUAUUUCCUCAUAUUUUUCUUGUUUUCCAUCGGCGGUGAAAUGGCUCGCCGUCAUCUUUCUGCAGUUUGCAUUUCAGUGACAGGUGUUUCUCAUAUUUAUAAAGCUAUAACAAACAUCAUGACUUGAUCAUGGCUUGACAUCAAUAUCUGAUUGGGCUAAACGGUGGUUGGUGACUAUGAAUGAAUCAAAGACUAAAUCAGUUGUUUUUUCGGCAAAAAGAGAUAAGCCUUUGCAGCCCCCUUUGAUUUUGAACAAUAGUAUUAUUGAGGAUGUGACAGUUCAUGAACAUCCUGGUUUGACCUUGUCUUCUAACUUAUCUUGGCGAGCCCAUAUAUUAAAAAUUCAUCAAAAAGCUUCCGAAAAGUUAAACCUCCUAAAGCCAUUGAAAGACAAUUUGAGCCGUUAUACACUUGAAGUUUUAUUCAAAUCCUUGGUGCGUUCAUCCUUAGAAUAUGCUGAUGUGGUUUGGGAUGGAUGUUCUGAAUCUGAUAGUAAUUUGUUACAAAGCUUACAAAUAGAGGGCGCAAGGGUUGUAACCGGUGCUUUAAAAGGUACAAACAGGGUGUCUCUAUUAAAUGAACUUUCUUGUGUUGAACUUAGUGUUAGAAGAAAAAUUCAUCAACUUGGUUUGAUGUACAAAAUGGUACAUAAGUUUGCCCCUCCUUAUUUAUGCGAUUUGUAAUGGUAACAGGACUGAGUGGAGUCCAACUCGGUCGUCCGAUUUGUUUAGUCACUAGUAUGAUUACAGACCGAAUUGGACGACACGAAGUUCUGUUACCAAUUAAUCUUAACUUUAACAAAAUUUGUGAUAUAUAAGGCUCUUUUUUUAAAUCAAAACACUAAAAAUUCCAAGACCUUUUUUUUUUUGCUAGCAGUGAAAAAAGGCCAUUUAAGAGCGCGCGUGAUGGCGUGUACAGUCCAAUUACUUAGGCAUGACGCGUACUGUUCUAUUUAACUGUCCUAUUAAGGCUGAAAUCAGGGCAGUUGAUAGCCAAUCAGAUUUGAGAAUUUUGUUAUAGUUAUGAUUAAUUUCCUAAUUUCGUUUCUGAAAGAUCUGGUUAUAGUCUCCGUUCUGCCAAUAAUCUCUGCUUCCCCUUCGUUCGUACUGAGAGGCACAAAAAAAUCUUUCUCUUUUCAUCGAUUCAAGAGUGGAACGGUCUUCCGGUCUCCUUCAGGUUUAAGCGCAACCUUUUAAAAUUCCUGCAUUUUCAAUCCCGCAGCUAUCUGUUUUAUAUCGGGGAUCAUUCAGCGUCAAUUUUUCACACUCGUUUGAGACUUAAUUUUAGUCCCUUAAAUUAUCACCUUUUUCAGAAAAUUGCUGUCCUUCAUCUGCCUGUGUUCUUUGCGAUGCAUCUAUUGAAGACGUGAAACAUUAUUUGCUAUACUGCCCAAGUUUUUCUGCUCUGCGUGAAAAGUUGUUUACCUCAGGUUUCGGGUUAGCAUUGUUGGCGCAGCAACGUUGGGAGUUAUUGCGUCAGUUUGUACGCAGCCUAACGUCAACGAUUAUUAUCUCGUGCUCAGCUGCAUCUGCCAUAUUGAUUAUGGAGCCAAUGUUAGGGCUUUCCUGCAAAACUAUUGCUAAUUUUUAAUUUUGUUUUAUUUUUCCUUUCAGCUGGGAUAAACUUUUUGUUUUGAUGUUAUAUUACUUAUGUGGAUUUCAAACUCUGGGUUGCCAAAUCAAUUUAAUUGUAUUUUAAACUAAUAACCCUAAAAUCAAAAAGAGCAUAUUUACAAACUGCAGCUGCUUUUUUAAUUGCAAUUUGCGUGAGGGCGUUUUUUCAAAAUUCAGCAACGGCGCUGUGCACAUUACUGAUAGCGCAUGAAAAUUUCAGCAAACUCCUGGCGGGAAAGAAGCGGAAAAUGUUAAUUUUAUCACGUACGCUUUUUACACUCUUUUACGUUCUUUAUAGUUCUGGGAGAAGGACUACAAGCAAGUCAGAUUCUUAAUUUCAUCUCUAACAAAAUUCUCCAUGUAGAUUUAUUUCACAGCAUACUUGUAUACUUGUCGCAUUUCAAAUGCGUAACUUGUUCGAAAUAAACACUUCGCCAAGUCUCCAGGAGCGUUUUGUGCGAGACGGGGAAACCGGUCGUUUCGAUACAAACUCAAGCAGUGAAAUGGCACAAACAUUUUGUUCACUUCAAGUAUAGUUUCCGAGUGAACAAGAAAAACAUCAUAGUUAAUACCUUCGUUCUUUAAGCCAAGGACGUGGAGCUAUUUAGACCUCAAACGAAUCAACUUGUAUUGAAAGGACCGGUAACCCGAGCCCGGGGGGGGGACUCCCAUUUGAAACAGACGGGGAUGCUCGUCGUCUCGCUUAGGGGUGUAAAUUUUGGAUUUCGGUCUCGCUUAGGGUGUUCCGGGCAAAGCGCCAAUAUUUUAAGCCUCCAAGGUCUCGUUUAGGGUUCCGGGAAGAACUUGAGAUUUAUGACGAUGCUUUUAAAAACUACUUUGCGAUAAAAGCAUUCGAUGAUUAUGUCUUUAUAUCAUUAAAACUCAUUGCAUGUCGUAUUUGUGUGUUUUUAAGUGGUCUCUUUUAGGGGUCAAAAUUUGCUUAAGCCACGCCCAGAUUGGUCUCCGUUAGGGGUCACUAAAAGCUUGAGUCACGCCCAGAUGGUCUCCUUUAGGGGUUAAAUUCAAAAUUUCCGACGAGCAUCCCCGUCUGUUUCAUAUGGGAGUCCCCCCCCCCGGGAACCCGAGAAGGACACCAGCAUAUUGACGAGGGUCGUCAUGUGUGUGUCAACUCAGUGUACAGUCUUCCAUCAGUAUAGGAAAAAAUUCAAAACAAACAAAACAGAACCUUGUACUUGAUCAGACUACAAAAAUUUACCUUAUUUUUUCGCGUUUUUCAGUCGAGCGAAGACAAGCGCAAAGCGAGGGAGGAUCGCCAGACACGCGCGACGCGGGGAAAAAAUAUCACCUGUUACGCAGGCUAAGCGAUAACACGUCACAUUUAUUGAGCGUCUUGAAUCUGACACGGACAUUACCGCUAAAUUUAAGCCCGAAAUAUUUUUCGCGGUAAUAAUCCCUAUUUUGGAAUUCGUUGUAGCAUUACCUUAUAACUACCUUGCAAUUUGUUCUAUUAAGUCUAAACGUAUAGGUGCGAAUUGCACUGCGAUUCUAAAACUAGUGUUUAGCCUCGGACGAUUACAUCGGCACCAGCCAAUGUAUAUAUCGCCUUAAGGUUCUUUAUUGUGCGAAUCGACAUGCAUGGCAUCGUCUUUAUCGUCCGAUCAAGGACCUGGCUUUUAGGGCGAUUACGCAGAAACCAAACCAAAGCCCAUCCCUUUUUGUCCUUCUCGUUGAUUUCGCCAUCCUGGAGGCUGAAGCUCUCUUCCUCUGUACGCGCUGACAGAAACUAACGAUCUAAACAAUGCAGACAGAAUAAACACCCAAGUUCUCCAAUUAUUUCUUUCACCGCUUGUCUAACUUCAUUCAUCUUCCAGCAGUAUAAUAUCGGGUUUAAUGUCGAGUUUAGGUAGAAUAGAGUCCCUGCAAACUCCUUAGCAAUGACAACAGAUGGGGACAAUCCUUGAAUUGUCAAAGCUUCCACUAUGGUUAUCGGCAGAUAGCAAAUAACUAAUGCCAACUGCACCCACAGUGCACUCGAUACUGCCUUUCUGUAGCGCGACAUGUGCAGUAGAUUUGCUUCGCUAGACUGUCCUUGGUGAAUUAGGUUCUGCGGGUGAAUUUGGUGAUGACGCAGAGCGUGAAAAAUUUUUGCGAAAAAAGCAGUUGACAAGGCCAGGGAAAAUGAUAUAAGUAUAGAACUGUACCAUGCGGUUAUCUGGUGAUUCCAAAAGUGCAUUGUUGUACAGACAACAGGCACAAUCCAUAGAGCAGUUACAGCUAGAUAUGUCCGCUUCAAGGUUACAAAGUGUCUGUAUCGAAGCCCCAACAAAAGCGCUAGAAGUCUGUCCAAGCUGAUCGCCGUUAUAGUUGACAAAGUCACCCCAAACAAUAUAUAACCUGUGAUAUAAUUUGCCAGAAAUGCAUGCCGACAAAUGUUCCAUCGUCCAGUUAUAGCAGCAAUCAAGGAAAUAACACUCAAAGGUUCCACAAUGACACCAACGCAGAGAUCAGUUGCGACUAGGUUACGAUACAAGAGUUUAGAUGGUGGAUGAAGAGAUGUUUCUUUCUUGAGGGCUAGUAAGAUCAGAGUAUUGCCGAGAAACGCGGUGACCGACAGAAUUGUGUUUAGCACUAAUAGAAAGAUGAACUGGCUAUGCAUUCCUCUGGUUAAUUCUAACGAGCAAAAUAUUUCCUCAUAUUUUUCUUGUUUUCCAUCGGCGGUGAAAUGGCUCGCCGUCAUCUUUCUGCAGUUUGCAUUUCAGUGACAGGUGUUUCUCAUAUUUAUAAAGCUAUAACAAACAUCAUGACUUGAUCAUGGCUUGACAUCAAUAUCUGAUUGGGCUAAACGGUGGUUGGUGACUAUGAAUGAAUCAAAGACUAAAUCAGUUGUUUUUUCGGCAAAAAGAGGUAAGCCUUUGCAGCCCCCUUUGAUUUUGAACAAUAGUAUUAUUGAGGAUGUGACAGUUCAUGAACAUCCUGGUUUGACCUUGUCUUCUAACUUAUCUUGGCGAGCCCAUAUAUUAAAAAUUCAUCAAAAAGCUUCCGAAAAGUUAAACCUCCUAAAGCCAUUGAAAGACAAUUUGAGCCGUUAUACACUUGAAGUUUUAUUCAAAUCCUUGGUGCGUUCAUCCUUAGAAUAUGCUGAUUAUGUUUGGGAUGGAUGUUCUGAAUCUGAUAGUAAUUUGUUAUACAAAGCUUACAAAUAGAGGGCGCAAGGGUUGUAACCGGUGCUUUAAAAGGUACAAACAGGGUAUCUCUAUUAAAUGAACUUUCUUGUGUUGAACUUGGUGUUAGAAGAAAAAUUCAUCAACUUAGUUUGAUGUACAAAAUGGUAUAUAAGUUAGCCCCUCCUUAUUUAUGCGAUUUGUAAUGGUAACAGGACUGAGUGGAGUCCAACUCUGUCGUACGAUUUGUUUAGACACUAGUAUGAUUACAGACCGAAUUGGACGACACGAAGUUCUGUUACCAAUUAAUCAUAACUUUAACACAAUUUGUGAUAUAUAAGGUCUUUUUUUAAAUCAAAACACUAAAAAUUCCAGGACAUUUUUUUUGCCAGCAGUGAAAAAAGGCCAUUUAAGCGCGCGUGAUGGCGUGUACAGUCCAAUUACUUAGGCAUGACGCGUACUGUUCUAUUUAACUGUCCUAUUAAGGCUGAUAUCAGGGCAGUUGAUAGCCAAUCAGAUUUGGGAAUUUUGUUAUAGUUAUGAUUAGUAAUGGUAACAGGACUGAGUGGAGUCCAAUUCGGUCUGUAAUCAUACGAGUGAUUAACAAAAUCGGACGACCGCGUAGCGGGAGUCCGAUUUGUUUAAUCACGAGUAUGAUUACAGACUGAAUUGGGCGACACGAAGUUCUGUUACCAAUUAAUCAUAACUUUAACAAAAUUUGUGAUACAAUAGGCUAUUUUUUAAACCAAAACACAAGAAAUUCGAAAUCCUGUUUUGCUAGCAGUGAAAAAAAAAGCCAUUUAAGCGCGCGCGUGAUGGCGCGUACUGUCCAAUUACUUAGGCAUGACGCGUACUGUCCUAUUAAACUGUCCAAUUAAGGCUGAAAUCAGGGCAGUUGAGAGCCAAUCAGAUUUGACAAUUUUGUUAUAGUUAUGAUUAAUGUCCUAAUUUCGUUUCUGAAAGAUCUGGUUAUAGUCUUCGUUCUGCCAAUAAUCUCUGCUUCCCCUUCGUUCGUACUGAGAGGCACAAAAAAAUCUUUCUCUUUUCAUCGAUUCAAGAGUGGAACGGUCUUCCGGUCUCCUUCAGGUUCAAGCGCAACAUUUUAAAAUUCCUGCAUUUUCAAUCCCGCAGCUAUCUGUUUUAUAUCGGGGAUCAUUCAGCGUCAAUUUUUCACACUCGUUUGAGACUUAAUUUUGGUGCCUUAAAUUAUCACCUUUUUUAGAAAAUUGCUGUCCUUCAUCUGCCUGUGUUCUUUGCGAUGCAUCUAUUGAAGACGUGAAACAUUAUUUCCCAUACUGCCCAAGUUUUUCUGCUCUGCUUGAAAAGUUGUUUACCUCAGGUUUCGGGUUAGCAUUGUUGGCGCAGCAAUGUUGGGAGUUAUUGCGUCCGUUUGUACGCACUCAGCCUAACGUCAACGAUUAUUAUCUCGUGCCCAGCUGCAUCUGCCAUAUUGAUUAUGGAGCCAAUGUUAGGGCUUUUCUGCAAAACUAUUGCUAAUUUUUAAUUUUGUUUUAUUUUUCCUUUCCGCUGGGAUAAAGUUUUUGUUUUGAUGUUAUAUUACUUGUGUGGAUUUCAAACUCUGGGUUGCCAAAUCAAUUUAAUUGUAUUUUAAACUAAUAACCCUAAAAUCAAAAAGAGCAUAUUUACAAACUGCAGCUGCUUUUUUAAUUGCAAUUUGCCUGAGGGCGUUUUUUCAAAAUUCAGCAACGGCGCUGUGCACAUUACUGAUAGCGUAUGAAAAUUUCAGCAAACUCCUGGCGGGAAAGAAGCGGAAAAUGUUAAUUUUAUCACGUACGCUUUUUACAUUCUUUUGCGUUCUUUAAAGUUCUGGGAGAAGGACUACAAGCAAGUCAGAUUCUUAAUUUCAUCUCUGACAAAAUUCUCGAUGUAGAUUUAUUUCACAGCAUACUUGUACACUUGUCGCAUUUCAAAUGCGUAACUUGUUCGAAAUAAACACUUCGCCAAGUCUCCAGGAGCUUUUUGUGCGAGACGGGGAAACCGGUCGUUUCGAUACAAACUCAAGCAGUGAAAUUGCACAAACAUUUUGUUCACUUCAAGUAUACUUUGCGAGUGAACAAGAAAAACAUUAUAGUUAAUACCUUCGUUCUUUAAGCCAAGGACGUGGAGCUAUUUAGACCUCAAACGAAUCAACUUGUAUUGAAAGGACCGGUAACCCGAGACGGACACCAGCAUGUUGACGAGGGUCGUCAUGUGUGUGUCAACUCAGUGUACAGUCUUCCAUCAGUAGAGGAAAAAAUUCACAACAAACAAAACAGAACCUUGUACUUGAUCAGACUACAAAAAUUAAAGUUAUUUUUUCGCGUUUUUCAGUCGAGCGAAGACAAGCGCAAAGCGAGGGAGGAUCGCCAGACACGCGCGACGCGGGGAAAAAACAACACCUGUUAUGCAGGCUAAGCGAUAACACGUUACAUUUAUUGAGCGUCUUGAAUCUUACACGGACAUUACCGCUAAAUUUAAGCCCGAAAUAUUUUUCGCGGUAAUAAUCCCUAUUUUGGAAUUCGUUGUAGCAUUACCUUAUAACUACCUUGCAAUUUGUUCUAUUAAGUCUAAUUGUAUUGGUGCGAAUUGCACUGCCAUUCUAAAACUAGUGUUUAGCCUCGGACGAUUACAUCGGCACCAGCCAAUGUAUAUAUCGCCUUAAGGUUCUCUAUUGUGCGAAUCGACAUGCAUGGCAUCGUCUUUAUCGUCCGAUCAAGGACCUGGCUUUUAGGGCGAUUACGCAGAAACCAAACCAAAGCCCAUCCCUUUUUGUCCUUCUCGUUGAUUUCGCCAUCCUGGAGGCUCAAGCUCUCUUCCUCUGUACGCGCUGACAGAAACUAACGAUCUAAACAAUGCAGACAGAAUAAACACCCAAGUUCUCCAAUUAUUUCUUUCACCGCUUGUCUAACUUCAUUCAUCUUCCAGCAGUAUAAUAUCGGGUUUAAUGUCGAGUUUAGGUAGAAUAGAGUCCCUGCAAACUCCUUAGCAAUGACAACAGAUGGGGACAAUCCUUGAAUUGUCAAAGCCUCCACUAUGGUUAUCGGCAGAUAGCAAAUAACUAAUGCCAACUGCACCCACAGUGCACUCGAUACUGCCUUUCUGUAGCGCGACAUGUGCAGUAGAUUUGCUUCGCUAGACUGUCCUUGGUGAAUUAGGUUCUGCGGGUGAAUUUGGUGAUGACGCAGAGCGUGAAAAAUUUUUGCGAAAAAAGCAGUUGACAAGGCCAGGGAAAAUGAUAUAAGUAUACAACUGUACCAUGCGGUUAUCUGGUGAUUCCAAAAGUGCAUUGUUGUACAGACAACAGGCACAAUCCAUAGAGCAGUUACAGCUAGACAUGUCCGCUUCAAGGUUACGUGGUGUCUGUAUCGAAGCCUCAACAAAAGCGCUAGAAGUCUGUCCAAGCUGAUCGCCGUUAUAGUUGACAAAGUCACCCCAAACAAUAUAUAACCUGUGACAUAAUUUGCAACAAAUGCAUGCCGACAAAUGUUCCAUCGUCCAGUUACAGCAGCGAUCAAGGAGGUAACACUCAGAGGUUCCACAACUAAACCAACACAGAGAUCAGUUGCGGCUAGGUUACGAUACAAGAGUUUGGACGGUGGGUGUAGAGAUGUUACUUUCUUGAGGGCUAGUAGGAUCAGAGUAUUGCCGAGAAACGCGGUUACAGACAGAAUUGUGUUCAGCACUAAUAGAAAGAUCAACUGGUUAUGUAUUCUUCUGGUAAAUUGUAUCGAGCAAAAUAUUUCCUCGUAUUUUUCUUGUUCUCCGUCGGCGGUGAAAUGGCUUGCCGUCAUCUUUUUGCAGUUUGCAUUUCAGUAACAGGUGUUUCUCGUUUUUAUUAAAGCAAUAGGAAACGUUUUCCGUGUUUGCAUAGCCUGAUGUAAACACGAGAGGAGUUAGGAGAAUUUGAGACAGGUCGAGGGUUUCCAUAACUGUCUAGAAUUCUCCCAACCCCUCGAGUGUUUAUAUCCGGCUAUACAAACAUAGGAAAAAAGUUUUCUAUUGCUUUUAUAAAAUAACUUUCACGAGAAAUAACGCAAAACUCUUCGUUAUGGCACUGAUUAAAAGAGAAAGUCUAACCAGUCGCAAAGUCCUGUACACGUAGUCUUGCACGCGUAACCAGUUCUUGUUUUGCCAAAAGAUGCUUUCCAAAAUACGGAUUUUUCUCGCUUAAAAUGUCAACUUAAGCGAAAAAAAAAUAUUUACACAGCUUGUUUGUAAAGAUUUUCCAAGUUGCAGCCGACGAAGGAAUGGGUAAAUAAAGUGAUCUUGUCAAGUUUUGAACUCAAAAACUUUUUCAAAUUCGUGCUCGCGUGAUGAGCGCUCGAAAAGCAAAACAUGUUAACACCACCACCAUGUUUACAUACUCUCAUACAAACACUCCUGUCGGACAAUCGGAACGCGUGUACUAUCUUAGUUGUUUUCUAAAAACCUAUCACAAAUAUCCUGUGAUAGUAAAUAAUUUAUAUGGUAUCUUUUUAGAAAUAAGUAAUCAACACUCGGUUGACUUUGUGGAUUUGAAAUGCUCCAUUACUUUCUCUUAGUUUCCUGGGGAUAUUAGUUAUUUAUUUAAAAUAUUUAUUCCUUUCCUCGCCUCAACAGCGGAAAAAAAAACCGCACUACCUUCAAAAUGUCAAAUCAACCGUUACUAAACUGGAAUCCGUUGUCGCGAACAGGAUCUGGUGUAACAUCAACGAUUAUUAUCUCGUAUCUUGCCUCUUCCAUAUUGAUUAUGAAGCGAACAUUUGGGCUUUUCUGCAUAACUAUUGUUUAUUGUUCAUUUGGUUUUCUUUUUUCCUUCAGCUAGGAUAAGCUUUUUAUUUUGAUAUUAUAUUACACCUAGUAUAUGGAUUGCCAACUUUGAAUUUCCAAACCAAUCUAAUUUUAUUUUAAACUAAUAACCCCAAAAUCAAAAAGUGCAUAUUUACAAACUGCAGCUGGUUUUUCUUACAAUUUGCGUUAGGGCGUUUUUUUUAAAAAAUCAGCAACGCGCUGUGCACAUUACUGAUAACGCAUGAAGACUUUAGCGAACUCCCGGCGGGAAAGACGCGGGAAAAGGUUAAUUUUACCACGUACACUUUUUACAUUCUUCUUAUUGUCUUCUUUAUAAUUAUUCCGCCUAUUCACUAUACAUAACACACCUUAUUUAUUCCUUUCUAAUAAACACUUAAGAAAGUAGACGUUCCUACUGAAACCUGUACAUGAAUUUGAAAACAUUGUGGUUUUUUUUCUGAGAGGUUCUGACACAAAUUCAUGACUUGACAUACCAGCUGAAUUUGCAGGUCAAGGUGACUGCACAAGCCGUCUUUUUCUUCGUCUGAAGAGCGUCUCCGGGAAAAACGUCCAUCUUUACAUGCGACCAACUAAACUAGUAAAUUGAAAGUUUGUAUGAUAAUGUAUAUUUAGCCUCGUUUGGCUAAAAUUACUUUUUGGUCUGAUUCAGUUGAUUGGUUCGACGCGUCCUAAGUUUGACGUUUGACCCAACAGACGAUCUUAACUUAAUUUAGGUCGACCCAAAUUAGAGUUUGGUUCGUCUCAUGAAAAGUUCGACGUUUGGCCCAGGCCUGGUACACCUUGUUUAUUCGUUUGCAACUACCAUUGGAGAAGCUAGACGUUUCUGCUAAAACAUGUAUGCGAAUUUGAAAAGAUUGUGUUUUUUGUGAGGAGUUUGGACACAAAAUCAUGACUUGACAAGCCAGCUGACUGCACAAGCUGUCUUUUUUCUUAACUGUCCUUGUUUUCUAUCAUUUUAUCCAGCGUGGAAAGGCUGUCACUAGGUAUCUUCAACUCAGGCAUUGCCGUGUUUUUAAGUAGACUGAAAAACUGAUCGGCAUUACACUGCACCUGUCAAAAUCCUCCUUAUCUUGCCCCUUUUUGGUCAAACAAAACAACUAAAAAGUAACCCUUGGCUUGUUUACGUUUGCACGUAUUGCGUGGCUAUUGCAACUUUGAAUCAAAAAUAAGGGAUCUCAAAAACUCUUUUUGGAAGACGCCCAAAUAUGAAAAAAACUAUUGCGCGUUUGUGAUACAUUGCGUUUGCCAUCGUCUGAAAUGGACGAAUUGUCCCCCUGGCAUCAGAGAUGUUCCCUUAUGGUCGACUCCGUCUAUCGGCUGAACACAAUUUGAAACGGCGUCCCAGUUAUUAUGCGGAAACCAAACUAAAGCCCAUGCCAUUUUGUCCUUCCCGUCGUGGUGGUUGCUCAAGCUCUCGUCUUCUGCACGCAGUAACAGUAACUAACAAAAACUUAUUAAGUCAGACAAAAUAAACGCUUAAGUUCUCCAAUUAUUCCUUUUACCGCUUGUCUUAUUUCAUUCAUCUUCCAGCAGUACAAUAUCGGGUUUAAUGUUGAGUUUAGGUAGACUAAAGUCGCUGUAAACUCCUUAGCAAUAACAACAGAUGGGGACAAUCCAUGAAUUGUAAAACCUUCCACUAUGUUUAUGGGUAGAUAGCAAAUAACUAAUGCCAACUGCACCCACAGUGCACUAGAUACUGCCUUUCUGUAGCGCGCCAUGUUCAGUAGAUUUGCAUCGCUAGACUGUCCUUGGUGAAAUUGAUUCUGCACGUGAAUUUGUUGAUGACGGAGAGCAUGAAAAAUUUUCGCAAAAGAAGCAGUCGAUAAGACUAGGCACAGUGAUGUCAGUAUAGAGCUGUACCAUGUGGUUACUUGGGAAUUCCAUACGUGCAUUGUUGUACAGACAGCGGGCACAAUCCAUAACGCAGUUACAAUUAGAUAGGCCUUCUUCAAGGUUACUAGUUGUCUGUAUCUGAACCUUAACAACAGCGCUAGAAGCCUGUCCAAGCUGAUGGCCGUCACUGUCGACAAAGUCACCCCACACAAAAUAUAUGCUGCGAUAUAAUUUGCAAGGAAUGCACGGCGACAAAUGUUCCAUCGUCCGGUUAUAACUGCGAUCAAGUAAGUUAUACUUAUAGGUUCCACAAUGACACCAACACAGAAAUCGGUUGCGGCUAGGUUACGAUACAAGAGUUUGGACGGUGGAUGAAGUGAUGUCACUUUCCCAAGUGCCAGUAGGAUCAGAGUAUUGCCGAGAAACGCAGUGACCGAUAAAACUGUGUUCAACACUGACAGAAAUAUCAACUGGUUAUGUAUUCCGCUGGUUAAUUCUACUGAGCAAAAUAUUUCCUCAUAUUUUUCGUGUUUUCCAUCGGCGGUGAGAGGGCUCGCCGUCAUCUUUCGGCAGUUUGUACUUUGGUGACAGGUGUUUAUCUUUUUAAUAAAGCUACAACAAAUAUCCUGUGAUAGUAAAUAAUUAAUUUGAUUUCUUUUUAAUUAAGUAACCAGCACUCGGUUAACUGGCAAGAUGUGAAAUGCUCCAUUACUUUUUCUUAGUUUUCGACAGGGUAAUGUCAGUAUUUUGAACUACAUAUUGUUUUCCUCGCCACCCAAGCGUGCCCACGUUCUCUGUACAUUCAAAAUGUUUAUUCAAUCGUUAUUCGAGGCCGUUGUCGAUUUUCAGCUGCUGGUGUAACAAGACUACAGUGUCGUGAUUAUUUUCUCGUGUCCGGCCUAUUCCAGAUUACUUGUUAAGUUACUGGCAUGUUUUUUCGCAAACACUUCUAGGUUUUUUUAAAUUUUCUUUUAGUUUUUUUUCCGUUAGGGUUGAUUUCCAGUGUCGUGUAAAAAAAAAAUUGACACAGCGUGUUUGUAAAGAUUUUCCAAGUUGCAGCCGACGAAGGAAUGGGUAAAUAAAGUCAACUUCUCAAGUUUUGAACUCAAAACACGUUUUCAAAUUCGUGUUCGAGUGAUUAUCGCGCGAAAAGCAAAACAUAUUGACCACACAACCAUGUUUACAUACUCUCAUGCAAACACUCCUCUCAGCCAAUCAGAACGCGCGUACUAUCUUAGUUAUUUUAUAAAAAGCUAUAACAGAUAUCCUGUGAUAGUAAAUAAUUUAUGUGGUAUCUUUUUAGAAAUAAGUAAUCAGCACUCGGUUAACUCUGGGGUUUUUAAAUGCUCCAUUACUUUCUCUGGGGAUAUUAGUUAUUUAUUUAAAAUAUAUAUUCCUUUCCUCGCCUCCACAGCGGAACAAAUGACCUCACCACCUUCAAAAUGUCAAAUCAACCGUUACUAAACUGGAAUCCGUUGUCGCGAACAGGAUCUGGUGUAACAUCAACGAUUAUUAUCUCGUAUCUUGCCUCUUCCAUAUUGAUUAUGAAGCGAACAUUUGGGCUUUUCUGCAUAACUAUUGUUUAUUGUUCAUUUUGUUUCAUUUUUUCCUUCAGCUAGGAGAAGCUUUUUAUUUUGAUAUUAUAUUACACCUAGUAUAUGGAUUGCCAACUUUGAAAUUCCAAACCAAUCUAAUUUUGUUUUAAACUAAUAACCCCAAAAUCAAAAAGUGCAUAUUUACAAACUGCAGCUGGUUUUUUCUUACAAUUUGCGUAAGGGUUUUUUUUUUUUAAAUCAGCAACGCGCUGUGCACAUUACUGAUAACGCAUGAAGACUUAAGCGAACUCCCGGCGGGAAAGACGCGGGAAAAGGUUAAUUUUACAACGUACACUUUUUACAUUGUUCUUAUUGUCUUCUUUAUAAUUAUUCCGCCUAUUCACUAUACAUAACACACCUUAUUUAUUCCUUUCUAACAAACACUUAAGAACAUAGACGUUCCUACUGAAAUCUGUUCAUGAAUUUGAAAAGAUUUUGUUUUUUUCUUUCUUAGAGGUUUUGACACAAAUUCAUGACUUGACAUACCAGCUGAAUUUUGCAGGUCAAGGUGACUGCACAAGCCGUCUUUUUCUUCGUCUGCAGAGCGUCUCCGGGAAAAACGUCCAUCUUCACACGCGACCAACUAAACUAAUAAAUUGAAAGUUUGUAUGAUAAUGUAUAUUUAGCCUCGUUUGGCUGAAAUUACUCUUCGGUCUGAUUCAGUUGAUUGUUUCGACGCGUCCUAAGUUCGACAUCUGACCCAACAGACGAUCUUAGCUUAAUUUAGGUCGACCCAAAUUAGAGUUUGGUUCGUCUCAUGAAAAGGUCGACGUUUGGCGCAGGUCUGGCACACCUUGUUUAUUCGUUUGCAACUACCAUUGGAGAAGCUAGACGUUUCUGCUAAAACAUGUAUGCGAAUUUGAAAAGAUUGUGUUUUUUGUGAGGAGUUUGGACACAAAGUCAUGACUUGACAAGCCAACUGACUGUAGAAGCCGUCUUUUUUCUUAACUGUCCUUGUUUUCUAUCAUUUUAUCCAGCGUGGAAAGGCUGUCAGAAGGUAACUACAAUUCAGGCAUUGUCGUGUUUUUAAGUAGACUGAAAAACUGAUCGGCAUUACACCGCACCUGUCAAAAUCCUCCUUAUCUUGCCCCGUUUUUGGUCAAACAAAACAACUAAAAAGUAACCCAUGGCUUGUUUACGUUCGCACGUAUUGCGUGCCUAUUGCAACUUUGACUCCAAACAAGUGAUCUCAAAAACUCUUUUUGGAAGACGCCCAAAUAUGAAAAAACUAUUGCGCGUUUGUGAUACAUGGCGUUUGCCAUCGUCUGAAAUGGACGAAUUGUCCCCCUGGCAUCAGAGAUGUUUCGUUAUGGUCGACUCCGUCUAUCGGCUGAACACAAUUUGAAACGGCGUCCCAGUUGUUAUGCGGAAACCAAACUAAAGCCCAUGCCAUUUUGUCCUUCCCGUCGUGGUGGUGGCUCAGGCUCUCGUCUUCUGCACGCAGUAACAGUAACUAAGAAACUUAUCAAGGCAGACAAAAUAAGCUCUUAAGUUCUUCAAUUAUUCCUUUUACCGCUUGUCUUAUUUCAUUCAUCUUCCAGCAGUACAAUAUCGGGUUUAAUGUUGAGUUUAGGUAGACUAAAGUCGCUGUAAACUCCUUAGCAAUAACAACAGAUGGGGACAGUCCAUGAAUUGCAAAACCUUCCGCUAUGUUUAUGGGUAGAUAGCAAAUAACUAAUGCCAACUGCACCCAUAGUGCACUAGAUACUGCCUUUCUGUAGCGCGCCAUGUUCAGUAGAUUUGCAUCGCUAGACUGUCCUUGGUGAAUUUGGUUCUGCGGGUGAAUUUGUUGAUGACGCAGAGCGUGGAAAAUUUUCGCAAAAGAGGCAGUCGAUAAGACUAAAGACAGUGAUGUAAGGAAAGAGGCGUACCAUAUUGUUACUUGGGAAUUCCAAAAGUGUAUUGCCGCAAAGACAACCGACACAAUCCAUAACGCAGUUACAGUUAGAUAGGCCCUCUUCAAGGUUACCAGUUGUCUGUAUCUGAGCCUCAGCAACAGCGCUAGAAGCCUGUCCAAACUGAUGACUGCCGUUGUCGACAAAGUCACUGCCCCCAAAAUAUAUGCUGAGAUAAAAUUUGCAAGGAAUGCCCGGCGACAAAUGUUCCAUCGUCCGGUUAGAACUGCGAUCAAGUAAGUUAUAUUUAGAGGUUCCACAAUGACUCCAACACAGAAAUCAGUUGCGGCUAGGUUACGAUACAAGAGUUUAGACGGUGGAUGAAGAGAUGUCACUUUCCUAAGUGCCAGUAGGAUUAGAGUAUUGCCGAGAAACGCAGUGACCGAUAAAACUGUGUUCAACACGGACAGAAAUAUCAACUGGUUAUGUAUUCCGCUGGUUAAUUCUACUGAGCAAAAUAUUUCCUCAUAUUUUUCGUGUUUUCCAUCGGUGGUGAGAGUGCUCGCCGUCAUCUUUCUGCAGUUUGUAUUUUAGUGACAGGUGCAUAUUUUUUUAAUAAAGCUACAACAAAUGUCCUGUGAUAGGGAAUAAUUAAUUUGAUUUCUUUUAAGUAACCAGCACUCGGUUAACUGGCAAGAUGUUAAAUGCUCUCUUUCUUGUUCUUUAAUUUUUGACAGGGUAAUCUUAGUAUUUUCAAAUACAUAUUCUUUUCCUCGCCACCCAAGAGUGCCCACGUUCUCUGUACAUUCAGAGUGUUUAUUCAACCGUUAUUCGAGUCCGUUGUCGAUUUUCACCUGCAGGUGUUACUGCCAAGUUUUUUCGCAAACUCUUCAAGGUUAUUUUUUGAUUUCCAGUGUAGCGUAAAUUUUACGUGCGUACGUGCGUAAAAUUUAUGUUCGCAAAUGAAAUAGAGGCAAUGCAUGAAAUUUUGCUCGUCAACGUGAAAGUUGAAACUCGAUAAACUUCUCGUUUAAGCUCAGCGCUUUUUAUCUUGCCUCUAAUUUAUUUACGUGAUUAAAAUUUACGUGCGUUAACGUGCGUGGCGAAAAACGCGUCAGUUGAAAUCAACCUUUCGCACGGACCAAGAGCUUUUUAGUUUUUAUAUUAUAUUAUAUAGUUCUAUAAAUUUUCUUUUCUGGGUUUCCACGUCAGUUUCAUAGCAUUUUUAAUCAGUGGCCCGAGAUUUAAAAAGUGUGACAAGUGUGACAUAUUUGAUUUGUUUUUACAAUUUGUAGCUAUAUUUCCUUUCAAUUUGUGUCAGGGAAUUUUUACAAAAGUCAGCAACGGCGCUGUGUGCAGUAUAGCUCUUUAAUGAAAGGAAUCUAAAAAUAGUUUCUUUUAUUAUUCUUGUUUUUAGUCAUUCUUCCUAUUGUAAUUUUUAUAAUUAUUCCGACUCAAGUAAAAAUGUAACUCACGUUAUUGAUUUUUUCAAAAAUUAGAACUGAAAAAGGCAGACGUUUCUGCUAAAGCGUAACUUCGAAAAAGAUUGGCGUGUUGUGUUUAGGAAAAGGGUGAUACAAGGUCCUGACUCAGUGUACCAGCAUUAUGCACCAGGAGCCCUGUAUAAAAAAUGUUAUUAUUAUGUCCAUUCCUUGUAGACUCAGGCAGGAUGUUCGGCCUGGUUUCUAGUCCUUGGAAGCGGGUUACAACAAGUCACCACGGGUCCCAGGUCUCUCUUUUCCUUCUUCUUACAGGGACAGUAUAUUCCUUAGUAUCUUUGUUGUCCCCAACAAUGAUGUUUUCUGGAUAACUUCCAACCUCAGGUUCACGGCGAUUCACUUCAUGUACAGUGGAACCCCGCCUUACGACCACCCCGUUUAUAAGACCACCUCGUUAUUACGGCCAUAUUCUUUCAAACCAAACAUAAAAAACAUUGACUCAUUUUAUUAUUUUGAAGACCCCGUUAAUGCGACCACCUCGUUAUUACGACCAAUUUUAACAGGUGGUCGCAUUAACGGAGUUCCAAUGACUUAAAGUUGACCGAUAGUAGUAGUCGUCGUCGUCGUCGUCUUUUCAGCGACUUUACGUCAUUCUGCCGUUCAAGUCUGAAGGUUGCUUCGCUCGACUGUUUGAUUAGCUGUCGUUGUUCUAUUUCAUAUUGGUUAGCGUUCUAUGGCUAUAGAGCCUCUAUAGAGCCUUCAAGAGUUCGAGAAUCUUUGAGCCUUUGGCCGCAUACAAUUAUGUCAUGUUCAGUUGAUUUUUGUUAGUGGUAAAAUUAAAUCAAUGUUAUAAUAUCCUGUGUGCGAAUUGCAUCUUUUCUUGUUCUUUGUUACCCUUCUUUUGUGUUAGUUUAUGUCUCUCUCCGUCUCUGUUAAUAUUGUAUGUGGAAUUGUACCUAAGCUUUAAUAAACAUUUAAAAAUUAUAUGUGUAGGCAAAAAGAAAAUGGCAAUAUACUUUAAUGCUAGUGACGAAGAGGGUUAUAUAUCACUCACUCAUCGGAUUCUAAAAGGCUCAGAAUCCUCAUGAAAUUUAAGCGGAAACCAAACUAAAGCCCAUUCCUUUUCGUCCUUCUCGUUGAAAUCGCCUUCCUGGUGGCUCAAACUCUCGUCCUCUGCACGCAGUAACAGUAACUAACAAACUUAAGAACGUAGACAGAAUAAACACCUAAGUUCUUCAAUUAUUCCUUUUACCGCUUGUCUAACUUCAUUCAUCUUCCAGCAGUACAAUAUCGGGUUUAAUGUUGAAUUUAGAUAAACUAAAGCCACUGCAAACUCUUUAACAAUAACAACCGAUGGAGACAAUCCUUGAAUUGUCAAAGCCUCCACUAUGACUAUCGGCAGAUAACAAAUAACUAAUGCCAACUGCACCCAUAGUGCACUAGAUACUGCCUUUCUGUAGCGCGACAUGUUCAGUAGACUUGUUUCGCGUGACUGUCCUUGGUGAAUUUGAUUCUGCACGUGAAUUUGUUGAUGACGGAGAGCAUGAAAAAUUUUCGCAAAAGAAGCAGUCGAUAAUACUAGGCACAGUGAUGACAGUAUAGAGCUGUACCAUGUGGCUACUUGGGAAUUCCAUAAGUGCAUUGUUGUACAGACAACAAGCACAAUCCAUAACGCAGUUACAAUUAGAUAGACCCUGUUUAAAGGUACCAGUUGUCUGUAUCUGAGCCUCAACAACAGCGCUAGAAGCCUGUCCAAGCUAAUGGCCGCCACUGUCAAUAAAGUCACCCCACACAAAAUGUAUGCUGAGAUAUAAUUUGCAAGGAAUGCAUGGCGACAAAUGUUCCAUCGUCCGGUUACAGCCGCGAUCUCGAAAGUUACAUUUAGAGGUGCCACAAUGACACCAACACAGAGAUCAGUUGCGGCUAGGUUACGAUACAAGAGUUUAGACGGUGGAUGAAGAGCUGUAACUUUCUUGAGGGCUAGUAGGAUCAGAGUAUUCUCGAAAAACGCGGUGACAGACAGAAUUGUGUUCAGCACUACAAGAAAGAUCAACUGGUUUUGUAUUCCUCUGGUAAAUUCUACCGAGCAAAAUAUUUCCUCGCCGGUAUUUUUCUUGUUCUCCAUCGGCGGUGAAAUGGCUCACCGUUAUCUUUCUGCAGUUUGUACGUUAGUAACAGCUGUUUCUCAUUUUUAUAAGGCUACAACAAAUAUCCCGUGAUAGUAAAUAAUUAAUUUGGUAUGUUUUUUGAAAUGCUCCAUUACUUUCUCUUAGUUUCUUGGUGAUAUUACUUAUUUAAAAAAUAUAUUCCUUUGCUCGCCUCCACAACGGACCAAAUGACCUCACUACACUUAAAAUGUCAAAUUAACCGUCACUAAAUUUGAGUACGUUAUCGCCAACAGGAUCUGGUUCAACAACAACGAUUAUUAUUUCGUGUCUUGUCUGUUGCAUAUUGAUUAUGACGCCAACAUUUGGACUGCAUAACUAUUGUUAAUUGUUCAUUUUGUUUUAUUUUUUCCUUCAGCUAGGAUAAGCUUUUUAUUUUGAUAUUAUAUUACUUGUGUGGGUUUUCAAAUCAAUUUACUUGCAUUUUAAACUACAGUGUAAUAACCCAAAAAUCAAAAUUUGCGUUAGCAACGGCGCUGAGCACAAUACUGAUAACGCAUUGGGGGUUUCAGCGAACUCAUGAAAAGAAGCAGAAAAAGUUAAUUUUACAAGGUAAACUUGUGACAUUGUUCCUAUUGUGUUUUUUAUAAUUACUCCGCCUAUUUAUUAUAUAUAAGGCCUUGGCCAAACGUCGAAGUUUUCAUGCGACGAACCAAACAUAGUAAGUAAAGUUCAUGAGAAGUUGGACGUCUGGCUCAGUUAAGUUCGUCUGAAUGAGUUUGGAUCGUCCAACACGUUCUAUUUGUCUGUUGCAGAACGGAUAGCACGUCUUGAAGAUCACCUCCGGGACAAACGUCGAUCUUCACAUGCGACGAACUAAACUAAUAAAUUAAAAUUUUAUGAUGAUGAAUAUGUAGCCUCGUUUCGCUAAAAUUUCUUUUUGGUCUGAUUCAGUUGAUUGGUUCGACGCGUCCUUAAUUUGACGUCUGACCCAACAGACGAUCUUAGCUUAAUUUAGGUCGACCCAAAUUAGAGUUCGGUUCGUUUCAUGAAAAGGUCAACGUUUGGACUAGGCCUACCACACCUAGAUCGGACAAGAUUGGAACAAAAAUCGGACAAAAGAUCGGAAAAGACAUCGGACAAAAAUCGGACAAAACAUCGGACAGAAAAAUGGGCUAAAAAGAUCGGACAAAAGGUCAGAAAAAAAUAGGACAAAAAAUCAGGCAAAAGAUCGAACGAAAGCAUCUGACGAGAAAUCGGACAAAAGGUCAGAAAAAAAUAGGACAACAGAUCGGAAAAAAAUCCGACAAAAUAUCGAACAAAAGGUCAGAAAAAAAUCGGAUAAAAUAUCGGACAAAAAAAUCGGGCAAAGGAUCGGGCAAAAAAUCGGAAAAAAAAAUCGGAAAAAAGAUCGGACAAAAGGUCAGAAAAAAAUCGGACAAAACAACGAACAAAAAAUCAGACAAGAAGUCGGACAAAAAUCGGACAAGAAAUUGGACAAAAACUAAAAGAUAUCCAUCAAUUCGCUUCCCUCCAAGAUUAUCUUUCACUUGUUUUGCUUAAUCAAAGAGUGGUAAUAAGGAGGCUUUGGCAGAUGCGAUCUAAUGCUGACCAAUGUUUCUAUGUACUUUAUAAAACACGACGGCGAGGUCUUAAUUGUUUGCCUAAUUAUAUAUAGGGCAACCUUGUCACGCUGAAUAGAAUAAAAUAGAACAAGAACAAAUCAUGAAAAAGACAGCUUCUUGUCACAGUCACCUUUCGACGUGGACGUCAGAAAAAUCCUAUCUAUGCCCCUGAAAAUUAACCACAUGAUGCUGUUACGAAUAAAACAGAACAAGAACAAAUCACGAAAAAGACAGCUUCUUGUCACAGUCACCUCUCGACUGGGACGUCAGAAAAAUCCUAUCUAUGCCCCUGAAAAUUAACCGCAUGAUGCUGUUACACUAAGUCGUGACCUUGUAUCAACCUUUUUCCUAAGUCACGCGCUUUAGUAGAAACUUCUACGUGCUGUAAUGCUAGUUUAGAAAUAAUAAUAACGUGAAUUAUAUUUCAUACCUAAGUCGGAAUAAUUAUAAAGACGACAAUAGGAUGAAUGUAAAAAAAAACUAGAAGAAUAAAAGAAACUUGUUCACUUCCAUUAUGGAAUUCACUGAAAUCUUUAUUUUCUUUACUGUGCACAGCGCCGUUGCGGAAUUUUGUAAAAAAAACCCUGGCGUAAAUUGUAAUAAAUGUAGCCAUAGUAGGUAAAAACAAAUCAAAGGUGCCAAACGUAUUAGAUUUUCGCCUACACAGGGGUUUGAAGUUUCAUCUUACUUGGAGACCCAGUGCUGAAAAACCAGCGUAUAAUAUCAAAACUAAAAAGCUCUAAAUCCUUGCUCACUGAGGGAAAAAACGGAGCACAAAAAGAAAAUUAACGAAAGUUUUCGAAAACUGUAACAGUAACUUAAUAAUUAAUAAGGAAGAGGCCGGAGACGAGAUGAUUAACACGACAUUGUAGUCUUGUUAAACCAGCUGCCGAAAAUUGACAACGGACCCGAGUAACCGACGGUUGAUUUUACAUCUCCCUGAUUCUGAAUGUGAAGAGAUCGCUGGGCCCUCUGUGGUGGGGAGAUAAAGAUUUUUUUUUCGGAAAAUACUAAUACUUUCCCCGUCGAAAACAAAGAAGAAGUAGUAGAGCAUUUCAUAUCCUGCCAGUUAAGCGAGUGCUGGUUACUUCAUUCCAAAAAAAAAAAAUCAAGUUAGUUGUUUACAUUCACAUCAGCCUUAGAAAAACAAACACACCUGUCACGUAAGUAUUAAUGCAGAAAGAUGACGGCGAGCCGUCUCACCGCCGGUGAAGAACAAGAAAAAUACGAGGAAAUAUUUUGUUCGUUAGAAUCAACCAGAGGAAUACAAAACCAGUUGAUCUUUCUAUUAGUGCUGAACACAGUCCUGUGUGUCACAGCGUUUCUCGGCAAUACUCUGAUCCUACUAGCCCUCAAGAAAGUAACAUCUCUACAUCCACCGUCCAAACUCUUGUAUCGUAACCUAGCCGCAACUGAUCUCUGUGUUGGUUUUAUUGUGGAACCGUUGGGUGUCAUUUUCUCGAUCGCUGCUGUAACCGGACGAUGGAACAUUUGUCGGUAUGCGUUUGUUGCAAAUUAUAUCACAAGCUAUGUAUUAUGUGGGGUGACUUUGUCGACAGUGGCGGUGAUCAGCUUGGACAGACUUCUCGCUCUGCUGUUGGGGCUCAGAUACAGACACUUCGUGACCUUAAAGAAGACCUAUCUAACUGUAACUGUUUUAUGGCUAUUGCUGGUUGGCUGUACAGCAUUGCACUUUUGGAAUCACACAUUCACCACCUUGUUAAGCUCUGUAUUUAUAUCACUGUGCCUAGUCUUAUCGACUGCCUCUUUUGCGAAAAUUUUUUACGCUCUCCGUCAUCAACAAAUUCACGUGCAGAACCAAAUUCACCAAGGACAGUCAAGCGAUGCAAAUCUACUGAACAUGGCGCGCUACAGAAAGGCAGUAUCGAGUGCCCUAUGGGUGCAGUUGGCAUUAGUUAUUUGCUAUCUACCCAUAAACAUAGUUAACGCAUUUAUAAUUAAAGGAUCCUACCCAUCUGUUGUUAUUGCUAAGGAGUAUGCAGGGACUUUGGUCUACCUCAACUCAACAUUAAACCCGAUAUUGUACUGCUGGAAGAUGAAUGAAGUUAGACAAGCGGUCAAAGGAAUAAUUGGAGAAUUUGGAUGUUUAUUCUGUCCGCGUUGCUUAGUUUGGUAGUUACUAUCAGCACGUACAGGAGAUAAAAAGAUAAUGAUCUUAGUAUGUUGCUACGACAUUCGAAUGUCAACAUAACACAAACCAUUAAAAGUGUUCAUCAUUAUCUAAUACAACUGUGAUGACCUUUUCACCGAUAUCUUAAUGACGACGUAGAAAGAAAUCAGUAGUUUCACGGUAAUUCUCAGUAACUUCACAAUGGAGUUCUUAGUUAGUAUUAGUUAGUAUUUUGCAACUGAGUAUUCAAUCAAGGUUUUAUAACACCUCUGAGACCUAUUAAAGCCAUCUCCAGGAUAAAAGCGGUAGUUCAUUAUUAGAUGACUAAUUCCUUUUCUUGGAAAGGUGUUUGCCGCUACGAUUUUCGAAAUAAUAGGUAAUUUUGAUAACGAACUUCGUUUGUCCAAGUGGCUCGUUCGUUCACGCUUCUGUGCCGAAGUUCGCGUAAUAAUCAGUUGAUUUCCCUUACUCACUAGAACUUGGGUUGGGCCACGCGUCCUGACACACUUCGAGUUCUUUUCGUUCUCAGGUGAAACGUUUGCAGCCGAAUUUUGUUCACUUUAGCAAGCGUUUCUGUGCGGUUUCGGAGCAAAAAACGAGGAACGAGAGUCAAAGACCGCGCGAAAAAUGGCGCGAAUAAAAGAGCGGGGAGGGGUGGGGAAGAAAUUUCUCACGCGGUUAAAACCAAAAAUCCUGUUCCACGGUCUUUGCUCCGAACCCAAAUGGAAACGCUUGCUACGCAGGUAUACUUGGGCAAAUAAGAUAGGUAAACAUCCAGAAUUCUCUUUGGAGACAUAGGUGCCUUACCACUACAACUGCAAUGUAAUCGUAUGCAGAUUUUGUAUGACGUCUAAACAACGCUAAAUACUCUUAGCUCUAUUGUAUUCUAUUCUUCAAAAAGAUAAGAACUUAUUUAAGAACCUAAAUAGUCUAAACUAGUGCUAACUACCCUUUAUAUAAGAACCUAUUUAGGCUAACUUGGAAAAAUCCAGAUUCUAUAUAGUCACGGGAUUUUACUGGAUGUCGUCAGCAUGCAAACACAUCGCGCUAAUGGGGAUUAUGGGGUUACUUAUGGGAUUAUGGGAUUCCAUUUAUGUUUUUGGCAAGAUAUUGAUAUUGAUAUUGGCAAGAUGCAACAGCUUAGUUUAUUAAUAACUGCGAUGGACAGUUGUUACAUAACAAAUUCCGACAGCGUUUUUAUUACAAGUUCGACACGGUUUAUUGUUAAUUGCGACGAUAUUAUAAAGUGGGACGAUUAUUACAAAUUGUGACAGUACGGGCUGCCCGUUAUAGGAAGCUAUAACGGGCCUAAAAAUGGAGCACUGUAAACGGACGAAAUUUUUUAUGUUCACCAUUAUAAUUAUUCUCUUAGUAUAUUACGUAACUCGUCUCAUUUAACAAAUUGUAACAACACUGAAUAAGGCAGAAGUUUCUGGUGAAAUAUGUAGGCGAAAUUAUAAUUUUCGAAUAAGCGAUGACGCGCGGCUUAAGCACCCUGCCCGCAGAGUUUUCCUUUCGCUUGUUCAAUUUUGGCAUAUUCGAGAAAGUGGCUUGCGUAGCCAGCGGGAUUGUUAUUUAGCGCGAGCAAAGUUUUGGCAGAGGAACUGCGGAGCCGUGCGGAGAAUGGGGAGGAGACGAGGCUUCGCCGCCAAAACUGUCACACGCGCAAAACCAAUCCUGCCAGCUAAGUAGGGUAUCGAGAGAAUCAAGUAAGUUCUUUGUUGAGCAUGCGCUGUUGCUACAGUGGGAUACAGCCUCCAAGCCAGGCCUUAUAACCUUGCUCUUGGUUAAGCAGGCUCAGUUAUGAUCAGCGGUUUAUCAAUAAACGGAUGCUCGCACUCAUAAAACCAGUUUGACAAAAGAUGACAAAAGGGAGCUCUGCUCGUAGGGUGGGGCUUAACCCUUUAAACCCUAAGAUCAACAUUUGAAUUCUCCUUUGUUGCCCAUAUUCAUUUCCUACAGAAGUAGUGGGGAGAAGUUGAUAAAAUAUCAAGCACAUUCAUCUUGUGUGAUCAUGUCCGUAAUUCUCAUGACCACUCUGUUUCAUAAAGCACUUUCAAAGAGAGCUGUGCGCCUUAUUAACUUCGCACCUUUCCGCUCUCAUGCCGUCCCUUACUUUCUUCACUCUAAUAUUAUGCCUAUUACAAUGCUCUAUUUUAAGCUUUCUUCGAUGUUAAUGUUUGAUGUUUACAAUAACACUGCCCCUCAUAAUAUUUCACAUCUCUUUAUUCCUACUCAACAAAUCCACUCUUACAGCACUCGCUCCUCCUCUUCUGGAAAUUAUUACAUUAGCCACUCUAGACUAAAUCAGAAAAAUGAUUCGUUUUCUAUUAUGGGAGCCAAAAUUUGGAAUAGUAUACCUGAAAAUUUACGAAAUUCUUCAAAAUCUCUCUUUAAGGAAAAAGUUCAUACAAUUCUGUUGAAAAUAUUUGAAGUUCAGGAUAGAUAUGCUGACCUAAACACGAUAAUCUCCGAUUUUAAAAAAUAUUAGCCCCCGCUUAUCUAAAUAGCUGCCUCGAUUUUCUUAUCUCAAUUUCUCUCGUGACUGACCUUUUUUAUUAUAAAUAUGGUUCUUUUUCACUUCAAGUUUUCGUAAGAAAUCUUAAGCCGUCUACACACCACCUGCCUCGAUUAGCCUUGCUAUUUGCAGGUGGUGUGAUAUUUGUAUAUUUAAUGUAAGAAAUAAAGAUGUUGUUGUUGUUGCACUGAUAUUACAAGGACAAAUUUGAUGCUGAUCACUCUUAGGGCUUAAAAGGUUAAGAAGUAGACGAGCGCCAACAGUUUCGGAUAGUUUCCUUCACCGCUUGUCUCACUUCGUUUAUCUUCCAGCAAUAUAGUAUCGGGUUUAACGUUGAAUUGAAGUAAAGUAAGGUAAGUGUAUACCUUCUAGCAACUAAAAAAUCUGACGCAGACUGUGCUGAUUGAGUUCUCAAAACGUCUACUACACCAAGUGGCAGGUAACAGAUAACCAAGGCUGUCUGUACCCACAGUGCACUCGAUACCGCUUUCUUGUAUCGCGCUAUGUUGAGUGGAAUCGCUUGGCUGGCUCGCUCAAGGUGAACCCGUUCUUGUACUUGAAUCUGGUGUUGACGCAACGUUAAGAAAAUCUUUACGUGAGAGGCACUUGAUACUGUUAAACAAAGGGCUAUGAUUAUAUAGCUGUACCAAUAGGUGAUGACGUAAUUCUGAAAAUGCAUCAACAAAGCGCCGAACAAAGACAGAACCCAAAAAACUACUAUGGUCACACAAGUUCGCCGUGAAGUUACCACGUUCCUGUAUCUGAGCCUCAAAAGCAAGGCAAGAAGUCUGUCCACGCUUACUGCGGUCAUUGUAAGCAAGGAUACCGCACACAAAGUAAAACCCGUGGUUAAAGCUCCAUAGAGUGCGUAUACACAACUAUUCCACCGUUCGUUUACCACGAACAUGCACCAGAUGACGAGCAGAGGCUGCGCAAUGAUGCCAACACAGACAUCGGUAAUCGCCAGGUUACGAUACAGAAGUUUUGACGGCGGGUGAAGUGAGUUCUCCUUGUGCAGUGCAACUAAGAUCAGUGAAUUUCCCAGAAAAGCAGUUAUGGACAAAAACGUGUUUACUGCUGAAAAAACAAUCAAUUGACUUUGUAUGCCUUCGGUGAAGUUUGCCGCACAAAACAGUUCUUCGAAGUUGAUUGUCGACAUUUUGCUGCAGUCUUUGUGUCCUCGCGCUUUACUCUUCAUGAAUCUCUUUUAAUUUAAUAAAAUUACAGGUAAUUGAAAUAAACAUGUCAAACUUACAUGCAGCUGAUAUCGUUUAUACCUGCCAACUAUUCCCUCUUGGAGGUUAACACCUGGGAAAUAUGUUGUUAUAUGUCCGGCGAAGGCUUUUAACUAAACUAACAGUGCAAUAUUUCUAAAUGGUGAAGCAAAUUGCGGUUUUAUUUUUUUGGUCUCACCAUUAGCGUCUAAUACAAAAAAGGAAAGAAAAAAUAAUAAAUAGUUUGAAUGUUAAUUGAUAAUACAGCGGAACUCCGAUUUCUCGAACUCUCGGGUUUUUUAACCCACCCACCCGCAAAAAUUCAAACCAAGCCUGACCUUCCUUUCCCAGUUAAUCACUGUAAUUUUGUUCUAAUAUGUAAGCCUCUUGAUAAUUUAAACCAAUUUCCUUUCGCCUUGGAGGCCUGAAAAAAAGUUUUAUUUCAUCGACGGCAAAUAGGGUUUGACGUCCAAUAUUAAAUUAGUUCUUAUCUCUUACCUUGGCGCAGCUGCCGCUCAAAAUACCGUUUGGUGGCUUAAUUAUUGUUAGUUGUGUUAAUGGUGUUUUUACAUUAAAGGUGAUCUUCACAGUGCCUCGUUUGUGUUCAUAUUGUUUUUGUAAAUAUGGAGUGGGUUUGCACUGACUUCACGUUACGGCGGCCAUGUUGGUGUUCCAAAAUUUGGGACGACGUUUUCAACGUCAACGAGAACAGCAAAAAAAGCAAUAGGUUUAGAUUGGCAAAACAACAACUCUGCACGUGCAGCACGCUUUUUUGUACAUUUUUUUGCUGUCACUGCACGACUACAACUUGAAAAUGUCUAAUUUCAGGUUUUGUGGAGGACGUGAACAAUGGGCAACGACUGUCUUUUUCCUUUGAUACAGUCUCUUUGAAUUCAACUCCAGGCCCUGGUUGUUAAAAAUCUGGAUAGCGUUAUCCACCGGAUAAAUCACUAUCAAGCGGAUAAGUACUAGGGAAACCAAUUGCGUUAUCCGCAGAAUAGAUUUUAAUCCGGUGGAUAGCGCUAUCCAACGGUUGAACAACCGGGGCGAGAAAAAUCUGCCAACAUUUGACGAAUUGAACGACAUCGCAUAAGCACAAUAAACUUUGAAACAGCGCAACUUCACAUUUUAAGUGACGUUUUCGUUGCUGUUGCCGUCGUUGUUGCUGAAGCUCCCUUAUAAAACAGCAACCAUGUUGGUGUCCCAAACCAGUACUGUGGGAGUUGAUCUCUUUUCCUAUGCUUUGUGACAGUAUUAUUUGUUUCUGUUGUUUCUUUAGCACCAGUCGCGUGGAUCACUCCAACACUCGUCUUUCUUCACAGCUUGAUAGAAGCCCAGGUAAUUGGAUGCUACUGUUCUCUACCUUAACAGCUCUCUCUUUUAACACAUAUAUUUUUAUUCUGUUCUUAUUUACACGUGGACUGAUUUCCGGGGGGGGGAGGUACUGGCAUAUGUGGGCUAUGUAGGUAUGCGCUGCCCUAAGGGGUAUGGUUUUCAAACAGUUUACUCUCAUAUAGGUCAUGUAAAUCAGAGAGUUUGGGUCUACAAUAGGGUAUCAUUUCCAGAAAACUGAUCAAUUUUUUGAAGCUUUUGGGGUAGACUAGGGAAACCGAGAAUAAAAGUCAGCUAAAAAGUUAUAGAUCGCUUCGUCUUCAAUUAUCUUGCCGUUGAUAACGCGGGUGAAACAGCAGAUAACAAGCACACAGGCAGCACGAUUUUUCGUUUCUUUCCUUUGGAGAGUAAAACCGACAAGCCGUUUGGAGAUAAUACUUUUCAGAACCGGUCAGUAAAACUCAUCUGCUGACAGGCCUUUUCCUUCAUACGGUUCUUUAACCGCUUUUUUGUAUUCUCCUUUGAAUCUGAACUUGAUGCCUUCUAACGAUGAAUUCCCGUAGAGAAAUCUCAACAUGCUUCACUAUUAAACGACAUAUGUUUAGUUGUGAAUGCUAACACUCAAGUUACUGAAUGACAUGUAUGUGACCAAUUAGAACAAGCUAUUUAGAUCUUAUCAAAUUUUGACCAAUCAGGAUUUUAACAUUCGCCUGGUAGAUGUUAAAAACGAGAAAAACAAUGGUUUCCUGGCAGGCGUUUCCCUCCCUCCUUCCUCGCGCGCCCCUCGCGUUUCUCUCGCGCCUAAAACUCCCUUUCCCAAAGCUCCCUUUCCCUUCCCUUUCAAACGCCUGCCACGCAGACUAAGGGUAGGGUUAAAAAGUCAGCUGAACUAGCUCUGGUAUAGGCUAAGGGUUCCAGGGUCUCAGCGGUACAUCCCCACCCCAAAAUUCCGAAAAUGCUCCCCCGGGGACUGAGUACACCCUUAGGCACUUUUCAGGGUUUAUUCUAAGGCCAUGUUCACACCGUACGGGGGGAUACUUUUGCGCCGCCAUGAAACUCCUAACGGAUAGGGCUUCUCUUCACACAUACGAACCGUGAUUUCAGCGCGAUUUCUGUGACGGAACGAAACUGCGCCUCGCUGAACUCGAAUUAUCGGAUAACUGGUUUUGUGCCAUAGUUUGGUGCAGUGUGAACACAUAUUCGGACCGUCACGGAGGUAAAUAAGGAGGAGCAGGGACGUGAUUACACACGAUGAAUGAAUCUAACUGACACUUCAACAAAUUCUCCUUACUAAUCGCGUUCGUCAGAACGCAUCCUAAUCUGGUGUUCCUGUGGCACAAAGGCAGAAAUUUUGGAGCUAUCACGGGCGACUGCCGAUUAGCCACCCCUAUUAAUUUUAUCAGGGGCAUCUCGGCCGGGAAACUGGACUCCUUUCGACUCGAUUUCGUUUCCGUAAGUGACGAACGCGGAUCCGUAAUCACUGAUUACCUCUAGUUCUAUCGGAAGCGUAUAGGGAAAGCAAAAGAGAAUCUGAAAUUUGACAUUAGAGUUUGAAGGGUUAUUUCUUUUGAACAUUUUUGAACCCUUGUUUUCAGGUUCUGAUGACAAUAAUCUUAACUCAAUAUUCUACGAGCACCUAACUCGCUCGCUGCAGCAUAGUUUGUGCGGAGACUUAAUGAUGGGCCGCUGGGGGCCCUUCGGCACCGGCGACUGUUUCGUGUUGGCUUCGGAUUACCUAAACGCCUUGGUUCACAUCAUUGAGGUCGGCAAUGGUCUCGUUACUUUUCAAGUCCGUGGUCUGGAGUUUAGAGGUGAGUCAGGCAUGCAAUCUAGGGGCUGGAGGGUGGGAGGUACUUCCUUAUAAAAGCUAGCCUGUGUGGCGCCAAAGUGCAUAGUUUUUUACCCCUUUUGAUUUGGGACCAUUCUCUGGAGUUACGUAUUUAUGGUCCAGAGAGGGGUAGGGAAAAUCAUCUAUUUUACAGUUACGAAGUGACCCGAGCUAGCGUGCUAGUCCUUUUUUUUUUGUGAACUUACGCAACAGGACGGGAUAGGGAAGAAGACGGCAAACCUUGUGUGACCAGCGUGACAAUAAUUUUGUUUGAAAUAACUUUUCGCAAAAAUUCACUUUCCUUUAAACAGAUCUUUUCGUAAAAGACCAGAAAACAUAAAGUUAAGAUCACGACAAAACACGUAAGUAAUAGCCCUGUCACGUUUGUCACACACGAGGGUUUUGCCAGUGUGUCUUCUUCUUUUUCCCGUCCUGUUGCGUAAACUCACUACCGUAUUAUGUGUUCUUGCACUAGGUACUUACUGUCAGCAGCGAGAAGUCGAAGCCAUUACUGAAGGAGUAGAGGAUGACGACGGUUUGUUUUUUUCUUUCCUACUUAAUGGUUUAUGACAUUGCUUCCUUGCAUAUACUUCUGUAACUGCAAUUCACCUUUUCCUUUUUUUCCAUCUGAACCUAACGACCUUAGUUGAGUUCAGUAGCCUUCUUCUUGUUUGCUUGAGAAUUAAGUUUUAAGGGUUCCUUUUGGUUGAAAGUGAAUUGAGAUUUGCGAAAACAGGGGGAAACAUAAACCAGUAAGUUCGCAAACAGGCUGAAAGGUACUUUGUUGUAACUGGUCUUUGUCCAUUGAUUUAUUCAAAUCAAUUCUUAAGUCGCCCCAUUUUCUUAAUUUUAAAAUCCAACUAGAUCUGUCAAAAAGUAAAAAAAAAUCGAGACAAAACUCCACCAGAUUUAGCUUUUGGAUUAAAAUAUCUUAGAGUUUUAAAAUCUUUUCAAAUCAAUUAAAAACAAGACGUUCUACCAUUGCACCAGCCCUGAAGAACUCCUUAAUCAGAGAAAAAAUUAUGUUUUAGCUUCCAAAAGUUAAAAAAAAAAAAAAACAGGACGAAAACUAAAGUUUGUAUGCAUGUUUCAAAAUAUACGUUUUUAAUUGAACGUAUACUUUUAUUGGAUGCCUACAAGUACUUUAAAUUCCAUUUGCCUUCUAAAACAGGAACCUGGACUAGUUAUACGCUUGUGGUAUGGCAUAGAGAGUAUAAUGGUUUAUUCCGAAAGCAAUUAUUUUAUGGUAUUUAUAUCUUCAUCAGGUUGUUGCUGUUGUGAGCCGGGUCAUCUUCCCAACAUGCUUUCUUUAAACGCCGCGUUUGGUCAGCGGUGGUUAGCAUGGGAAGUAAGCGCCACUAAAUACAUUAUUGAAGGCUACAGUAUCAGCGAUAAUUCUGCGGCAUCCAUGCUACAAGUGUUUGAUCUUCGCAAGAUCCUUGUUUCUUACUAUGUAAAGGUAAGGUGGUCAGUGUACUGUUUCCUUUGCAAUAACGGUAAUUAAUAGUUUUAUUUGAAUGGUCACACCUCAAGGGAUAAAGUCAUUUUAUGGCGCAGUUAAAAAGGCUUGGUGCCUCAGCAGUAUCUGUUGUUCAGCAAGAGAUCGCAGUUUCAAAUCCCGUCCAAAUACUUGAACCCUCUUAAGUUUAGUCGCCAUGUGCGUGAGUAUAGGAGACGUCACUGUUUACAGACAUUGUUUUUGUUAUUCAAAUUUGUAACGAGUGAAACAACGCUAAAUAAAUACGACUACAAACAAGAAAAUUACUUAGUUAUCAAAAUGUAUAAAUUGCUUACAUACAACCCUGGUCAAAACUCUUGGGACACUAACGCAAUAGCUCGUCAAAUUCGGGCAUCUUCCCCCCCCCCCCCCCCCCCAGGUGCAGUGUUGACGUUAUGCAUUCAAGCUUUAAUUUAACACAAUCAACACUGCUUAGGGGAGAGGGGGGCAGCCGAAAUAACCCCUUACAUGAUAACAACAUCUUCAAGCGUCUUCAAGAAGUAAAAUAUGAGUUAAUUUGGCAAAGUGCGUCUUUGUGCCUAAUUUUUCAAGUUUUCCGAGACGUUUUGACCAGGGUUGUAGAUUUGUAUACGCAGACAUGUUCACAUUGCAGAUAAAAACAUAUGUUACUUACGUUAUUAUACAUUGUACUCACUGUCUGUCUCCUCGUUGGCUAAAAGCUUACAGUUGAUUUUGGAAAUCAGCGCAACGUAUAGAGUAGUUAGUUAAAUGCUUGCACAAGUUACUAAUCUGUAGGUUGCGCGCGCAAUGCAUAAUUUCCAAGAGCAGUCUCAAACUGUGUUCCGUGCGCGAUGGUGUAUCACAAAAUCCUCGUCCAAUAAUUGUUUGUUGUACAUCAUGCAUCUAUCUGUUUUUGCAAAUUACAGUGAAGAAAAUUUAUUUUUCUUUUCGCAGUCUGUAAUCUUCUACGCAGUGCGGUCUCCCAAACUAAAUCAGUGGUUAAACAGUGAUAUAAUUCAAGAACAGCUUCAAAAAGUCCAUCAAGAUCCUCACUACGUCGAAGUAGAUUCAAACUCCUUCUACCACAAUAUUGAUGAAGAUUACGAUCUGCGUCAUGGCGGAAUCUCCAAGACCAGCUUCCUAAACUGUUAUUUCACUUGGAUACAGUAUUGCGCUUCACGCAAGGAUCCGGUCAGUUUAUCUUUUGUAUGACUAUUAGCCUGCGAGCAAGCUCUCCGGGGCGCUCUAGAGGCGGGGCGGGAAAAAGGAAGGAGAGCUUGCAACUACGUCUCUGGAAUUUGAAUAUGUGCAUCGAAAAGGCCGAUGCAAAAGGCUGAUUGGUGGAGAUGACAUUAAUAAUGACGUCAUUACCCUUGGCAUGUAUUUUUCAAUUUUUGUUUACAUUUGCGCUCGUUUCCGCUUCGCGCUGAUUGGUGGAAAUCUGACAGCUCAGUCGACGGGGAGCCACAGGGGAAUUGGAAGUGGAAUUUAAAUUCCGGAGACGUAGUUGCAAGCUCUCCUUCCAUUUCCCUACAACUAGUCGAAAAUUUGGCCACGCCCCUGAUGGUGUCGACGCCGGGAUUUGAACCUGGGCCCUGACGUCGGUGGGAGGCGAGUGUUCUCACCACUGCGCCACUCUUGCUCCUCACCCACUUGAGAGUAUUUUUGUUCCUUCAUUUCUCAGUUAUUUUCAGACCCUGAGUAUUGGUCCGGUCCUGGGGGGUGGAACCCACGACCUUCCGCUCUGCGGUCAAGCGUUCUACCGACUGAGAGUGUCCUGCGCGGUUAAAAAAUCGUAAUGUUUGUUGUUUCAGCCUCUGGAGUGUGAAAAGGACUCCUUUCUUACAACUCUGUGCUUUGCGCUGUGUCUGCUGGCAAGACGGGCGUUAGGAACAGCUUCACAUCAUCAGUCUGCAAGGUGAGUGUGUCCAAUGUCUAGCUUCUCCUCGCCUAUUAAUGCUAUUUACCUACAAAAUGAUUGUCGAAAUUAGCCUUUGAUAAUGAUUGUGAUCAAAUUGUAGCUUCUCCUCGCCUGCUUAUACCAUUUAACUAGAAAACGCUUGGAGAAAUUUGCCUUUGAUGAUGAAUGUGACCUAAGUCUAGCUCCUCCUCGCCUGUUAAUGCCAUUUACUUACAAACCGCAUGGAGAAAUCUAUCUUUGAUAACGAGUGAGACCAAAGUCUAGCUUCUACUCGCGUGUUAAUGCAAUUUACUUACAAAACGCAUGGAGAAGUCUGCCUUUGAUAAUGAGUGUGACCAAAGUCCAGCUUCUUCCUACCUGUUAAUGCCAUUUAUCUACAAAAUGCAUCGCGAAGUUAGCCUUUGAUAAUGAGUGAAACCAAAGUCCAACUUCUCCUUUGCUUGGUUACACCAUUUACAGAACGCAUAGAGAAAUCUGCCUUUGAUAACACUGAUCUUUGGGAACCAUUAGUUUAAAGUUUCAUUAGAAUUGCUUGCACAAAGUACUGAUUAUCGUGCUGUAAUGUUUGACCAUUUCGUUCUUAACAGCUUGGAACCAUUUCUCUACGGUCUACACGCCUUGUUUAAGGGUGAUUUCCGGAUCACGGGAUCUAAGGACGAAUGGGUGUUUGCAGACAUGGAUCUCUUGCGCAAAGUAGUCGCGCCUGGCGUGCGCAUGUCACUAAAAUUACAUCAGGUAAAGCAUAUCUACUUUCUACCUAUCUUUGGGCUAAGCUCUGGCCCAGCUCUUGCUUGUAAUUUUAAGUUUUAUUUACUUUUGUAAAGCAUAUUGUAAUUCGGUUAUUCGUGAGAAUCUGCUAAAUAAACCAUACCAUUUUUACGGGACCUAAUUUUCAAGAUUUUAAAAAAUCGCCAAAGACAAGACCCGCGGAAAAAUGCUCUUGCCCCCUUGUUCAGAAGGUCGAUGACGCUAUCCACGGGAUACAUCUAUCAGUGGAUAACGCAAAUGGUCUCCCUCAUACUUUUCCGCUGGAUAGUGAUUUAUGUAGUGGAUAGCGCUGUCUAACGUUUUAACAACCGGGGCCCGGUAAGGACGCGAAGGCGUGGUGCCCGGCCGAGUGGUUAACACGUCGAUCUUCAGACCUGUGAGUCCGGUUUCAAGCCUUGUUGUCGCGUUGUUUCUUUGACAAGAAAGUUUGCUCCUCGAAGUCUGACUCUGUCUUCGCCCUGUGGUGUAAAAGAUGGACUGCUUGUAUUGCUAUCUAUUUUGCUCGAAAAUCUGUGAGAGUGCGUGCGAUAAUGCGCGUUAUCAUUUUUGAGCAAAAGAGACUACUCAUAGUCCAUGUAUAAAAGGGUACUGGCGACACACCGCUGGAGAGGGAGGGAGGUGACCAUGCGAUGGACUAGCAUCCCAUCCAAGGGAGAUAGGGGGUUGGGGGGGGGGGGAGGGGGGGGUAACAAUACUCAUUGGUGCUUUAUACUACAGACAGUGAGUAAUGGGCUUCAACUCCUGGCUCCAUCCCUGGAGGUUUUAUGGCUCGUCUGUGCUAUUUCGUUUACCUUGGCUUUAUCAAAGCUAAAAGCACUCGCUUGUCCUUCGUGUAUUAAACGCGACAAACCACUUCUGGUCGUUCGUUAAACCGUACCUAUAAACCUUACUCGGUUUAAUAUUUGCUCAUUUGUUUCUUAGGAUCACUUCACUGCCCCCGAUGAAUAUGACGACCUGCCGGUGCUGUAUGAUGCUAUCACGUCUCACGAGGAAAAUCUUGUGAUCUCCCAUGAAGGAGAUCCAAAAUGGCGGCAGGCUGUUUUGGCUAACACACCUUCCUUACUGGCGCUAAGGUCAGUGCUAGAUAGUUUAUUGUGGGGAAUAGGCGCUUUAUUCGUUACCCUGCGAGCAGAGGUUUCUUUCUGGCAUGGCUUUUGGUAUUUACAAAGUCUUCCGCUUCGCUUAUCAGUCGCGUAGUUGGUCUGACAAGCCACGCAAACGACUUUACAAAAGCUAAAAGGCAUGUCACAAAGAAACCUCUGCUCGCAAAGUAUUUCUACAUGUGCGGUAUUCAUUGAAAAAGUGUGACAACUUUGUUCAGUAAAAUAAAAUGAGUAAAUCAGCAGAUAAAUAAAAUCACAAUCAGGUAGUUCUGUAUGACGGCGUUCUUUUGAAUUUAAGUGAUUUAGCCUCGUGGUUUUUAUAAACCUUUGAUCAAAAUAUAGCAAAUGGAACUAUACGAAACAGGUUCUCUUUGGAAGCUUUCAAUUGGACACCUCGGAGACCCUAGGACAGCUAAUCAAGACGGAAUAUACAGGGACAAAAAUCAUGACAGAAACGUUUACAAGAACAAUUGGAGAGGUCUUGGGUACUAACUAAAGCCAGUUCCACGGGCAUUUGAAACCCUUGCUUCUGACUGGCUAGAAACUUCUGGUUGGUACGUUUCAUAUCAAGCGUAGCCGCGUGGUCAAACGUUUUAGGCGGGAACGCUUGCUGCAGUUGCUACUCUGUUUGCAUUCAAUAUAACUCGAUCAUGAUUAAGCUGGAAGCAGAAAUAUAGGACACGGCAGCUACUCCAAGGGUUUUAACCUAACACAAAGAAAAAGGUAAACAAUGCAGAUAUUACGGGCCAAGUCUUCAUGUUGCUUGACCUUAGGGAUAUCGAAAAUAGUAAUGAUCAGACUGCCCAGUUCUUAGCCCUUGAAGACACUUCACUGAAUGUUUUUCUUGCAGGCAUGUUUUCGAUGACGGCACAGACGAGUAUAAGAUUAUCAUGCUGAACAAAAGAUACCUGAGUUUUAGAGUCAUCAAAGUUAGUACAUUGUGUGCUCGUAUUACAAUUUCCAGAAUUACGUUUGUUAGGGUCAUUUUAGUUGCACUUAAUUUCAUCGGCUCGAACACGCGAGGGCUGUGGAGAAUGGAAACGCUCUUUCGUGGUUUAGCGUUGUAACACGAUAUUGGCGCUUCGCGAACUUUAUGGGACGUUUAUCUCGUAGACUAUCGAUUUCAUCCGUUAGUAGCAAGCUCCAACAGAAACUGAGUUUUAUCUAAGUUAAGUCGGACUUUGUUCGUCGUUUCUCUCGUAACUCGACACUCAGCCAUCCGCUUUCCACUCCCUUGUUUUUUAAGAAACUGACUCUUGUAUUCGCGCUAUAUGCUCUUGUAUGCCAAGCGUGCAUCUCAUUGUGCAAUACUUUUAAAAUCUGCCAAAAUUUGUCCACUAUAAUAAGCGCUGUUCGAAGGAGUUUCAUCACGCCAUCUUUUUAAAGAUUAACCAUGGUAAUUUUUUCCUUUCGCAAUCCAGAAAAUCGUAGGUAUUUUUGAAUAGCAAAAAUGUUAAUUUCUUAUUUGUUCCUUGGUCAUUAGGUAAAUCGCGAGUGCGUGCGUGGCCUAUGGGCGGGGCAACUUCAGGAGUUGAUCUUUCUCAGGAAUAGGAACCCCGAGCGAGGCUCCAUUCAAAAUGCCAAGCAAGCGUUACGUAACAUCAUUAACUCGUCAUGUGACCAGCCUAUAGGUUAUCCCAUAUACGUAUCCCCGUUGAUGACGUCAUAUGCCGACUCCAACUCGCAGCUUUCUCGAGUUAUAGGUGGACCUCUUAGUUUUAACGGCAUUGCUGGAUGCCUUCGUCGCUUGUGGAACCGAAUACGCAUGCGUUGUAGCGCUACGUGUCAAAGUGGCGGGGAUCUCCCGGAUGGAGCGGUUCCAGAUGCCGUUCUGGGCUCAAGUUUUGCAGAGCGCUGCACAAGUUUCCGCGAAGGCGCCAUGUACAUAAGCGCCCGUAGGACCACUCCGACAUCCUCGUUCAACCGGGACCAGCCUGGCCUGCGAACUAGUCAAAGAUCAACUGCCAGUUCAGGAUCAAAAAGGCCAAGUACAUUAUCAGUGAGCAUAGGUCAUCCCUCGAGCCCCGGCGCCGCGGCAGCUGCCGAGGAAUUUACUCAGCGCGUGCGCAUUAUAGACCGCGUGCACGUUUAUGAUAACAUUAACUUGGGACGUAGGAUUGAUGUGCAGUGGCCCUCGGAGCUGAUGAGGGAGCACGGUGGUAGAUCCUAUUGGAAGGACUGGAACCCUAUUGAGGGCAUGGAGGGAAUAGUGGUACACCGGUGGACGCCGUGCCACAGGGACCCCGCGCGGAGAAGCCAUGUUGAUCGGCCAAUUGUGUUGAUUAAGAUUGAUGACAAGUUCGUCCCUAUCGCUGAGGUGGGAGUAAUGGAUGCAGGAGUAGACGUUUGAAUUGUGUGCAACUGGUACGUAACCAAAUGGUGGCCAGUUACCGGUUGGACCAAAAGAGUUAGCUAUUGAACUGUUAAAGAAAAGGAGUCUGUCGGCUCAAGCUCCCUUCCCCAUUCGCUAAUUAGUGCGUCUCGAAUUGACGUGCGGUGAUAGAUAGGUCUAUUUUAAGAAGGAAAACAGAACGCUUGCUGUAGAUGUACUUUAGGUAUCUAUAAUGUAAUUACGGAGAGAUAUCCUUUCAAGUACAACCCUCAUUAUUGGAUAAGCCUGCGAUGGGAGAAAAGUCACGCGCAAGUGGCACAAGAAUGAAGACACGAGAGCGUGGGGCGGGGCUCUGCCGCAGUCUUGUGCGUCUUCUCGCGGCUCGCUUCGCUCGUCACUCGAAACGGAUAGCUUGCUGGCAGGCUAUUCUUAGUUUUCAACCACCUGACAUGACGGCCGUGUUGGUGGUCAGUACAAUAAAAAUUAUUUUAAAGAAUUGACAUGAAAAUGGAGUUUAGCACCCAGAGGAGAGAAAUGCUUUUGUUUUUGGAUCACCAACAUAGCCGCCGCGACUCAUGCGCAAACAAGCAAUUUUUGGAAAUGGUGUCAAACUGUGGUGCUCUAACCGUAUAGUAACGACUGAUUUACACUGAACAUUGCUAUUCCUCAAGACUGUUAAUUCCCCUCCUUUCCUCG